AUGGCAAAAAUGAAAAUAUUUUUGCCACUAGUGGUGUGGAUAAUUCUACUAUUUCGAACGACAAACGCACAGCUCUCCGCGUCGCGCAAGCACGUGGGAAUAUUCGGUUUGAAGCACGAAGUAUUUUUUCUCAACCUCGAGGAUGGCUAUUUCGGUUGUCAAGUCAACGAAUCCACAGACUAUCUGCAGCUUUACGAGCUGUCCAAACUUUGUGAUGGUACAUCGGAUUGCUAUAUGGGCUCCGAUGAACUUAGAAAUAAGUUAAAGUGUACAAAUGAUUGUGAUAAAGAUGGCACAGCUUGCUCGAAUGGAGUGUGCUUAGACGGUCAAUGCCACUGCAAUGAUGGUUUUGGCGGCUGUAAUUGCCAAGUUCCGGAUGAAAACGAAUGUAAAUAUCGACCCUGUGACGUUUUCGCCCACUGUACGAACACCUUAGGCAGUUUCACCUGUACGUGCUUUCCUGGCUAUCAAGGCGAUGGUCUUCACUGUGAAGAUAUCGACGAGUGCCAGGAUCCAAACAUUGCCCAACGAUGUGUGCAAAAUGCCGAAUGUUGCAACUUACCAGCGCACUUUGUGUGCAAAUGCAAACCCGGCUUCGAAGGAGACGGUGAAGAGCGGUGUGCAGAUAUCAACGAAUGCUUGGAUCCGCAAGCUUGUGGCCUGAAUGCGGAAUGCGUCAAUCUACCCGGUAACUACACGUGUCAGUGCCGGGAAGGGUAUUAUGGCGAUCCGUACAACGGGUGCAUCGAUGUGGACGAGUGCGUUCAGCCCGGCGUUUGCGGACCAGGUGCCAUAUGUACUAACCUUGAGGGCGGUUAUCGCUGCGACUGCCCGCAAGGAUUCGAUGGAGAUGCACGCUCGGCUCAGGGUUGUCUUGAUUACGACGAGUGCGCACGUUCACCGUGCGGUCGGAAUGCGCUGUGCCGCAAUGAGGUGGGCAGUUUCAGGUGCGAAUGUCAGCAGGGCUUUUCCGGUGAUCCGAUGACGGACUGUCAAGACGUGGACGAGUGUUCCGGUAAUCCGUGUGCGGAUGGUGCGAUAUGCAUCAACUCGCCCGGGGGGUAUCGGUGCAAAUGUCCACCGGGAUUGAUGGUUACGGACGACGGCCACUGUACGGACAUCAACGAAUGCGCGAAAGCGAACGCUUGCGGAGAGAACGCGAAGUGCAUCAACUUUCCCGGGUCCUACAAGUGCUUGUGUCCGCAGGGAUACGAGGGACGCGGUGAAUUGUUCUGCAAAAAUGUAAACGAAUGCCUUGAUAAUCCAUGCGGGGAAAAUGCGAUAUGCACGGACACGGUGGGAAGCUUUAUUUGUUCAUGCAAACCAGAAUACACCGGUGACCCCUUCCGGGGCUGCGUAGAUAUAGACGAAUGCAGUGCGUACGAGAAGCCGUGCGGUGAGCACGCGGUAUGCGAGAACGCCUCGCCAGGGUAUAAUUGUCUCUGCCCGCAAGGAUAUGUGGGUCGGCCGAAUGCUAAGGUGGCCUGCGAACAGGCCGACGUCAAUGUGCUCUGCACGAGUGCCUUCGACUGUACCAACAACGCGGAAUGUAUCGAGGGUCAGUGUUUCUGUCAGGAUGGGUUCGAACCGCAAGGAUCGGUGUGUGUUGAUAUCGAUGAGUGUCACAGUGGCGUGCGGUUUGGCAAAGAGUCCGGCGCGGGAGUUUGUGGACCGUCUGCGGUGUGCGUUAACAUACCGGGCUCGUACCGGUGUGAGUGUGAGGCGGGCUUCAUCGGGACACCGCCCCGAGUGCCCUGCAAACCACCCUGUGCCGAUGUGAAGUGUGGCAAGAAUGCGUACUGUAAAGCGGAAGGUCAGGAAGCGUUCUGCAUCUGCGACGAAGGUUGGACGUUCAACCCAUCGGACAUUGCGGCGGGAUGCGUUGACAUCGACGAAUGCGAUCCGGCACAGGGACCGAACGGGCGCUGUGGUUUGAACGCGAUCUGCACCAACCACCCCGGCAGCUACAGCUGCACGUGUCCACCUGGAUUUACCGGGGAGGCAACGCGACAGUGCCAGGAUGUGGAUGAGUGUGCCCGACCUGGUGCGUGCGGGGUGAAUGCGCUCUGCAAGAACCUCGAGGGAUCGCAUCAGUGCAGCUGUCCGGCGGGUUCGAUUGCCGAUCCGGACCCAAGCGUACGCUGCAUCAGCAUUGUCGCCUGCUCGAAAGACACGGACUGCCCCGGCAAUGCGGUGUGCGACCAGCAAAAGCGCUGCCUCUGUCCGGAACCAAAUGUGGGCAAUGACUGUCGGCAUCCGUGCGAGAAGGUUACGUGUGGUCCGAACGCACACUGUAUGCUAGUCCCGGGCGGAGGAGCACAGUGUCUGUGUAGUGAAGGUUAUACGGGCCAACCGGGCCAGUGUGUGGACAUAAACGAGUGUGGAGCAAACCCCUGCCCGAGUGGGGCCGUCUGUACGAAUCUUCCCGGCGGUUACACCUGCCAGUGUCCCGGCGGAAGUUCGGGUGAUCCAUACUCAGGUGGCUGCUCGAAGUCGGCCCUCAAUGCCUGUGGUGAGAACAAUCCCUGUCCCGCAGGAGAGAAGUGUAUCCUGGACGCGUACAGUGGCAACAGUGUGUGUAUCUGCGGUCAGGGCUACAAACGAGAUGCAAAGGGAAGUUGUCGCGAUGUGGACGAGUGUGCAGACAGUGCGAAGGCGGCAUGUGGUGUAAACGCUAUCUGUAAGAACUUGCCAGGCAGCUAUGAGUGUCAGUGCCCGGCAGGAUUCAACGGUAAUCCCUACCAGUCGUGUGAUGAAUGCCACAGCGCUGAGUGUCGCUGUGCCGCUCCGUACAAGCUAAUGGAUGGGAACUGCGUGCUCGACAGCUGUUCACCGAACGGAAAGUGUCAGGGUGGUGCCGAAUGUAUCUCCAUUACUGGCGGCGUUAGCUACUGUGCCUGUCCGAAAGGUUUCCGUACCCUCACGAAUGGUCACUGCGAAGAUAUCGACGAGUGUGGUGAAGGCCAGCAGGUGUGUGGUUAUGACGCGAUCUGUUUGAACACUAUUGGCGGUUUCGAAUGCAAAUGUCCGCUCGGGUACUCCGGUGACCCAUACCAUGGGCUGUGUACACUCGCCCAGAAACGUUGCGCCGCUGAUCGUGAAUGUGGAGCGAAUGAACGGUGUGUCCAGCCUGGGGAAUGUGUGUGUCCACCGCCGUACUACAUGGAUGCGUACGAUGGAAAUCGUUGCAAGAGCCCUUGCGAACGGUUCCCGUGUGGUAUGAAUGCGCGUUGCACGCCAUCUGAUCCGCCCCAGUGUAUGUGCGAGGUCGGUUUCAAGGGAGACCCACUGACCGGAUGUAUCGAUGAGGACGAGUGUGCCAAUAGCCCUUGUGCGUACGGUGCGCAGUGCAUGAACCAGCGCGGCGGCUACAAGUGCAUCUGUCCACCGGGAAUGGUGGGCGAUGCGUACAAAGGAGGUUGCAUAUUAGAGCAAGGCUCUGUGAAGAGUCAGUGUCGGAGAAACGAAGACUGCGCGGAUACAUUAGCUUGCGAACGGGGUACUUGUGUGAGCCCGUGCGCAAGUCUGCUCUGCGGAACGAAUGCAUUCUGUGAGCCUGAGAAGCAUGCGGCGUGGUGCCGUUGCCGUGCGGGCUUCGUUGAAGGACCCAGCGGAGAUUGCGUAUCACAAUGUGAAGGCUACAUGUGCGGUCAGGGCGCAAUGUGUAUCGUGUCUAAUACUGGACCAACCUGCAAGUGUCCACCGGGCGAGAUGGGCAAUCCGUUUCCGGGUGGUUCCUGUACCACGGAUCAGUGUUCCACCAGCAGACCGUGCGCAGAUCCACAAGUGUGCAUCAAUGGGCGCUGCAAGCAUAAGUGCGAUGGAGUGGUUUGCGGUGUAGGUGCAACCUGUGAUGUUGCCAGCGGAAAAUGCAUCUGUGAACCAUACUUCGUCGGCAAUCCGGAACUUAUUUGUAUGCCACCCGUAUCAUCGCCUGCUUGUGAACCUUCGUGCGGUCAAAAUGCACACUGCGAGUACGGUGUCAUCCAAAACGCGUGUGUCUGCAAUCCGGGAACGUCCGGAAACCCAUACGGACUGUGUGAACCGCAGCAACGCAACAUGUGCAGUCGUAUGCGUUGUGGAACGAAUGCAGAGUGUCGGGAGUCGCUCACCUCGGCGGAGUGCAUCUGUCCAGGCGGAUACAGUGGCAACCCGUACGUGUCCUGUCGAGAUGUGGACGAAUGUUCGGCGCCAGGUGUUUGCGGUGAGGGAGCAAUCUGUAUCAACUCGGCCGGUAGCUACGACUGUCGCUGCCGACCAGGAUAUGGAGGCAAUCCGUUUGUAAUGUGUUCAGCAAUCGAAAAAAGUGUCUGCGACAACCCGAGACAGUGUCAGUGCCGUAAAAAUGUGCAAUGCCCUCCUGGGUAUAGCUGCCAGCGCGGUACUUGCAGAAACCUGUGUGCGAAGACAAUCUGUGGUCCACGUGCUGCCUGCGAUUCAGGCCGAUGCAUCUGUCCACCCGGGUACGCAGGUAAUGCAACGGAUCUCAGCGCGGGAUGCGUUCUGGAGGGACAAUGCAACAGUGAUGCCGAUUGUGAAAGCUCCAAAAUUUGCUUCCAAACGAGCAAGGGUCUUCGCCGAUGUGUGGAUGCCUGCAGUAAGGUCCAGUGUGGCCCGAAUGCGCUGUGUGUAUCGAACGACCAUCGUAGCACUUGUAUAUGCGCACCGAGCUAUGUGGGGAAUCCCGGAGAUCUUACGGUGGGAUGCCAGCAGGAAGCAAAGUUGGUGGCGGAAUGUAAAUCGGAUGGUGACUGCAAGUCGGGCCACGUGUGCACCGUUACGGAGAAUGGACUACACGCAUGUGUCAAUCCGUGCAACGCGGUCGAGUGUGGAGUUCACGAACUGUGCACGGUCAAUGAGAUCAAUCAGCCGGUUUGUCACUGCCAAAAUGGCUACCGGUGGAAUCCGGUUUCGUCGAGCUGCGUUAAGCCAUCGAUCCCAGACUGCACCACAGAUGCCGAUUGCCAUCAGGUGGCCGCCUGUCGUCCGGAUGCUGUUGGCGUGCUAAAGUGUAUUGCCGUGUGCACAGAGUUCACUUGCCCACCGAACUCGGUGUGUGUGUCGUCGAACCAUCAGGGCAGCUGUCAGUGUCUGCCGAGCUUCACCGGUAAUCCAAACGACCGCAAUGGCUGUCGUCCGGAACAACAAAACACUUGUCUCACCAGCGCGGAGUGCGCAGAAUCGGAUGCGUGUGUAGUGCACGAGGGAGCACUUUCCUGCCGACCGGCAUGCGAAGGUGUUCAAUGCGGACCGUUUGCGCUGUGCAUCACCAAUAAUCAUAAUGCACAGUGCCAGUGUCCACCAGGCUCGUUUGCGGGUGAUCCGUACGAUCUAACCAAAGGCUGUCAAUCAGUGUCCUGCGUCUACAAUCGCGACUGUCCCUCGAAUCAGCUAUGCAAUCGCAUGACACACAGCUGUGUCGAUGUUUGUCAAGAAGAUACGUGUGGCGAGAAUGCGGUGUGUAUCGCAGAAAACCAUCGUUCUGUAUGCCAGUGUCCUCCGGGCUAUCGCGCAAAUCCAAUUGCCGAUGUAGAAUGCGCACAGGUACGAUCAUGCGAUCCGAAUCCUUGUCAUCCGUCGGCGUCCUGCGAAGCCGGUCCAGAUGGUUACGUCUGCAAAUGUCCCGUGGGCCAGAUUGGCAAUCCGUUGACAGGCUGUCGCGACGAAGGAGCUUGCCCUGGAGGGGACAAAGAAUGUCCAGAAGGAGCCGCCUGUGUCAAUGGAAGAUGCGUCGAUCCAUGCGUGAAUGCUUGUGGAAUAAAUUCACAGUGCACAGUAGUUAACCGGACGCCUGUCUGUAGCUGCAAGGCCAAAUAUGUUCCGGGCGCUACAGGUUCUGCUCGAGAUGGGUGCGUACGGUUAAGUAAUGGCUGUAUGAGUGAUCUCGACUGCAACGGUGACGUUUGCCAUGGUGGACAGUGUAUGGUGGCAUGUCGCAACACCAAGGAUUGUUCCGCAGGCGAACGUUGUCUCAACAACAUUUGUGCGGUUCCCUGCUCUGCGCACAGUCAAUGUGCGGAAGGACAAGCGUGUGCUGGUGGCAUAUGUACCAUUGGAUGUCGCAGUAGCCGAGACUGCAGUGGAACCACCGCCUGUAUCGAUUUCAAAUGUACAGACCCGUGCAAAGCGGACCGGAAUGCCUGUGGACCAAACGCUUUGUGUUCGAGUGUCGAUCACGUACCGCAAUGCUCAUGUCCAGUCGGUUUCGAGGGCAAUCCGUCGCCCGAGCAAGGUUGCGUGCGGAUACCAGCUAACUGCGAGACAUCAGCACAGUGUGCGGCAGGUCAUAUGUGCAUCAGAAAUUUGUGCAGCCUGCCCUGCACUGAAACAACGCCAUGCGCGAUUGGCGAACGUUGCCACAACAGCGUGUGUGCGAAGGUAUGCUACACCAACAACAACUGCUUGCCGGGAGAGGUUUGCAGUGAGGCUGGAGUUUGUGUGCCGGGAUGUGGAACCGAUGCCGACUGCCCUUCGCAACGCGUUUGCCAGGGUGGAAAGUGUAAGUGCAUGAAGGGUUUUAUCGGCACACCAUACGGCUGCACCGAUAUUGACGAAUGCUCCGACGAACCAUGCCAUUCAAGUGCCGUCUGCGAGAACAUCCCCGGUUCCUAUCGCUGCCAGUGUCCGGAAGGCGCUGUUGGAGACGCUUAUGCGAACUCGGGCUGUAGGAAACCGAACCAGUGUAGUAAGAAUGCAGACUGUUCAGAUGAGUUGGCCUGUAUCGGUGGCAAAUGUCGCAGCCCAUGUAGCACCAAACAGUGUGGACUGAACGCGGAGUGUCAGGUAGCGGGACAUCAGGCGGAAUGCUUCUGUCCUGCCGGAUAUUUGGGUGAUGCUACGGACCGAGAGACCGGAGUUGGAUGCUUCAAGGUGGAAUGUGUGCAUAACGAAGACUGCGGAGUGGACCGUGCCUGCAGUGACGAAUCGAACCGGUGUAUCAAUCCAUGCGAACAGAUCAACUGUGGUCGAGGAACGUGUCAAAUCGUAGACCAUGAAGCGACCUGCACCUGCUACCAAGGCUAUGCAUUCGUUAACGGCAAAUGCGAGGACAUCGACGAGUGUACGGAAACGAAACCAACACCUUGCCACGAGAGUGCCUUGUGUGAGAAUCUGCCUGGCAAUUAUCUUUGCUCCUGUCCGGUUGGUUUGGUAGGCGAUCCCGUCUCCGCCGGUUGUAAGCGAUCGGACGAGUGCAUCUCCAGCGAAGAUUGUCCCAGCGGAUCGGUGUGUGUCGAUGCGCAUUGCAAAAACCCCUGCGCCGAAGAGAAUGUGUGUGGUGAAAAUGCACUUUGUACAUUGGUUGGAGAACGUGCCACAUGCGAGUGUCCUCCAACAACUCGGGGCGAUCCGAAGGUAGCCUGCCGGAAGCUCGAGUGUACAACCGCGGAUGAAUGUACGGCGGAUAGAACGUGCAUUGGAUAUCGCUGCAUCGAUCCGUGCUCGCUGAAGAGUGCGUGUGGUAGCAGUGCAAACUGUGUCACUAAAAACCAUCUGGCUAUCUGUUCGUGUCAGCCAGGAACGACUGGAAACCCUCUGCUGGGUUGCGUACCGCUCCAAUACUGCAACAGCGACCUGCAGUGUCCGACCGGCACGAAGUGUAGUGCUGGUGUGUGCUGUUCACUGUGUGCCACCAAUCGUGAAUGUCUCGAUGAUCAGCUCUGCAUACAGGGCGUUUGCCAACCGACCUGUCGUUCAAACACAACCUGUCCCGACUUUCAAUACUGCCACAAUGGUAUCUGCACGAAAGAGUUUAAAUGCCGUGCGGAUGAUGAAUGUGACGCAGACGAGAUGUGUAUCACCGACUCGAAUGGCCGCUCGGAGUGUCGAAAUGCGUGUAAUACGGGACGCGUGCUGUGUGGUCGUAACGCUGACUGUGCUGCCCGCAACCACGUGGCUGAGUGUGAGUGUAAGCAAGGAUUCUUCCGAGAUGCGGCCGGUAUUUGUCGAAAAGUGGAGUGUGCAAAUGACGAAGACUGCUCUUCGGAUAAGGUGUGCGAUAACCACGCAUGCAAGAUCGCCUGCCUGACGAGUGACACGCCUUGCGGAGCUAAUGCGCUCUGUUCGGCCGAAAACCAUCGGCAGGUGUGUUACUGCCAGCCGGGCUUCACCGGCGAUCCGAAGCGAGGUUGCUCGUUGAUUGAUUUCUGCAAAGAACGGCCUUGUGCACCGAAUGCCAAAUGUCGCAACAGUAGAGGCUCCUACCGAUGCUCCUGUCCGGCAGGUCUGGUGGGUGACCCAUAUCAGGGAGGUUGCAAGAAGGCAGCUGAAUGCGAACGUGAUAGCGAUUGUCCGGAUGCUGCCGAGUGUGUGCAAGAGAACGGUGAAUCGAAGUGUCGCGAUGUCUGUGCAAACGUCACUUGCGGUCCGAACGCUGAGUGUGCAGCCCGAAAGCAUAACGCCGACUGUAAAUGUCGGCCACGGUUCGAAGGUGAUCCGAAGGAUCUUACCAACGGCUGUAAGGCGAAGCCACAGUCUUGCAAGCGCAACAAUGAUUGCCCGGAAAACUCGUACUGUCAUGGACAGAUCUGCAAACCGGCCUGCUCCGAAACGGAUGAAUGUAACCAGGAUGAGGUAUGCUCGAACGGACAAUGCAUUAACCCAUGCCACGAAGUAAACGCAUGCGGUAUGAAUGCUGAAUGUUUGAUGGGUGCUCAUACGAAACAGUGCUCCUGUCCAGCAGGUUUCACUGGAGAUGCAGCCGUCGAAUGUGUGCGAGUUCCGAUUUCGUGCGCUUCCAACGCAGACUGUGUGGAUGGAAGCAUCUGCAAAGAAUCCAUGUGUUUGCCACGGUGCAGAAACGAUCAGGAAUGUGCACUGAACGAAAAAUGUCUGCAGGGCAGUUGUAUGCUGACCUGUCGUCUCGAUAACGAUUGCUUCUUGGGCCACAUCUGUCUAACCGGACGUUGCGUUUACGGAUGCCACGCUGAUAGUGACUGCAGUGCAAGUGAGACCUGUCGCGACAAUCGAUGUGUCAACCCUUGCUCGGAAAAUCCUUGCGGACCGAACGCUGCCUGUACGGUGGUUAACCAUCGGGCUAGCUGUUCCUGCUUCAACGGCAUGGUACCAAGCCCGACGGCAAAGGUAGGCUGUGUCCGUGCCCCGGCUUUACAUUGUACCGAGAAUCGUGACUGCGUUGACGGUACAUCCUGUAUCGAGCGGCUCUGCCGUCCGGUGUGUGGCAAUGAUCAAGGCUGCCUGAACAACGAACGCUGUGACGGUGGAUCGUGUAAACCGAUUUGCCGCAAGGAUGACGAUUGUCGCACGGGUGAAAUCUGUCAAGGUCAGACGUGCAUGAUUGGAUGCCGAUCGGACAGUGGAUGCUCCGAUCAGCUGGCCUGUGUUGAACAGCAGUGUGUAGACCCAUGCCAGGAACCGACCGCUUGUGGAACUAACGCCGAGUGUGUGGUCGUAUCGCACAGGAAGCAGUGCAGCUGUCCGGGCGGGCUAAUAGGCGAUCCGUUCAACUUGGGCUGCCGUCAGGAGACGCACCUCUGUCAAACACGCACAGACUGCCCGAAAGGACAGGCCUGCUACGGUGGUACGUGUAUGCAAACGUGUCGCAACGAUCAGAACUGCUUGGCGGACGAGCGAUGCGUACGGGGAACUUGCCGAACUGUGUGCAAUAGUGAUGCCGCUUGCGGUAACGGACUUAUCUGCGAGGGGCGCAUCUGUCAGGCAGGUUGCCGAUCGGAUAAUCAAUGUGCCACAAAUCAGGCCUGCAUCAACAAGAAGUGCACGGAUCCGUGCGCAACACUGGGACAGUGCGGUUCCUGCUCGGAGUGCACGGUAAUUGAUCAUGGCGUGCAAUGUAGCUGCCCACAUGGCUAUCUUGGCAAUCCGCUACUUUCCUGCAGUCCACCGGCAGAGAAAUGUAACGCGCAGUGUAGCUGCGAUGAAGAUGGCAUGUACUGCGUGAAGAACUGUCGCCAGGCGAAAGACUGUGGCUGCGGACAAACGUGUCAACGAGGCAAAUGCCGCGCCAAGUGUAAUCCGGGUAACUGCCCGGCAGGAUUGCUGUGCCAGAAUGGUGCCUGCGUAGCAGGUUGCCGUACAAGUGCUGAUUGUCCCAGCGAUAGGUCCUGCACGAACGGAAAAUGUGUGGAUCCGUGCGCCGAUGGCAAAGCCUGUGGCAAGAAUGCCCUCUGCCAGGUGUCUGACCAUCGUUCGCUGUGCUUGUGUCCGGAUGGUUUCCAAGGUGAUCCGUCGGUCGGUUGCGCACAGUAUGAAUGUCAAACCAACGAUGACUGCGAGCUGGACAAGAAAUGUGCGAGCGGCAAGUGCAUCAACCCUUGUCUGAUACCGGGCGCCUGUGGCUUGAACGCGCAAUGUCGGGUCGUGAACCGACAGGCGCAAUGUAGCUGCACACCCGGCUUUUUCGGCAACGCGCGUCAAGAGUGUCAACCGGUGCAAAAGAAUAGCUGUGCUCAGAAUCCCUGCGGCGAUAAUACCGUGUGCCGGGAGGAUGAGCACGGUUACGAGUGUUCCUGUGAGCCCGGCUGCGUGGGUGAUCCGCGACAGGGCUGUUUGUGCGAGGGAAAGCUCAAGAAGGACGAUUGCGAACAAUACGCCUGUGGUACGAACGCGGUCUGCCGCAUGACGGAAUGGGGCGCACCGUCCUGUGUCUGUUUACCGACACAUCCGCACGGAGAUCCGUACAUGUCGUGCACUCAAAACGAUGCUACGAUCGAUUGCCGAACGACCGGGUGCGUAGAAGGCGAAUGUGUACGUGAUGGUGCGAAGUUUAUCUGUCGCAAAGACGAAUCCUGUGCGAACGAUUUACAAUGCGCCAAUGAUAAGGCUUGCAUAGGAGGCAAAUGCUCCGAUCCGUGCUCACUGCGGGGCGCAUGCGGUGACAAUGCACUCUGCCAAACGGUACUGCACAGACCAAGAUGCUCAUGCCCGAGCUGCUACAUCGGACGACCGAACGUCGAAUGCAAACCGGAUCCCAAAUGUGAAGAGGUGACCACCCCAAGACCGAAUGACCCGAAGAUAGUUUCGGUGGCAUGCGAGACAAACGACGACUGCCACGAAAGUCUGCGCUGCGACGCCAGCGGACAGUGCAGCGAUCCGUGCACGGUACCGGCACCGUUUGUGUGUGACGCCAACAAAAAAUGUGUCUCGCGCCGCCAUCGACCCAGCUGCGUUUGUACGCAUGGUUUCAUCGUGAAUGACAGUGGCGAGCUCGUGUGCGCACCGGAAAAGCGCGAAUGCUUCGGUGAUGAUGGCUGUGCCUCGAACAUGGCCUGUCUCGAUGGACGCUGUCUGAAUCCAUGCUUUGGCAACGGUAAGCGCAGCGCUCCCUGUCCGGACGACAAGGCUUGCGUUGUGGUGGACCACAGGCCGACAUGCGUAUGCAUGAAGGAUUGCAGUCCAUCACUGUCGAUCUGCUUGCGCGACAGCGGUUGUCCGGAUGAGUUGGCCUGCCGCAAUUAUCAGUGCGUCAAUCCGUGCGAGACGACCACUUGUGCCGAAGACACGCCAUGCUAUGUCGAAGAUCAUAAACCAAUCUGUAAAUUCUGCCCGCCCGGCUUCGUUAAAGAUGUCCGACAUGGAUGUUUGAAAGCUGUUGAAAAAGAUGAAAAUGAAGGAGAAAAAACUCAUGACAUGAAGAUUGUCAACUGUUCGGAGCACUCCGACUGCGGCGAAAAAUUGCACUGUUUAGUCGACCUUUGCGUUGAUCCUUGUAGGUCUGGUUGUGGUGAACGGGCGCUUUGCACAGUAAAAGCACACAUUCCAAUUUGUUCCUGUCCAUACGGUUACACCGGGAACCCAUCAAAACGGUGUUUACCAUUGGACGGCAUUAAGAGUAACACUUCUGUCACGCUGAUGCCUGAAGGUACGACUGAAUAUCCUGAGGAGUACUAUGAUGGACACAAAAUUGAUCGGUCAGAUGAGUUUACCACAGCCGACACUGAUGUUGAUACUGCCACUACAAUAAGCAACGAACCGAUUGCAUCAAGCACAAUGGCACCAGAGGAAGAUAUAACCACAUUACCGACAGAUACGAAACAAAAUGAAUCAAUAGAUGUAAAUAUUGCUGUAAGCUCAACUUCAAAAGAUGGAAUCAUAGAUGACAAUGGAAAAGCAACCAACCAAGCAUUUUCAACUAUUUUCCCUAAUACUCAAACGGAUGAUGUUCGAACUACACCCGAAACCCUUGCGUCUACGAUUCCCAUGGAUGAUGCGAUUUUAUCUACUACUACUAUUGUUCCAAAAAUGAACCAUUCGACAGAAAAACCCAAUAAUCAUGUUGAUACACUGACGAAACAGGAUCGAAAAUCUACCGAUUUGGAAGAUACAGAUCAGGAACCAACUGUAACAACACCGAUUGAUGAUUAUUUCGUUGAGCUAUCUUCAACCUCCAAGCAUUACGAAUUCAUGCAAAACAGUGAGGCCACUGUAACUCCUCUGGGAAAGAAAACCAGCACUACCAGCAUGACUACUUCUGCAGAUACUCCUACCACCACCGAACAAUAUAUAUUGGAUGAUCGUAGCUUACCGCUUUCAACAUCCGGGUAUGAUGGCGAUGAUUACAUAGAUGAAGACAGUACGUCGACAGCGACGGUCAUACAAACGACUCCAACCGUGAAGACGACUCUGCCAGCUACGAACUCAUCUAAGCCGUACGACACAGAACCACCAGGUACAACGGCAGAACCGAUUUUCGAAAUCAUGCAGUGUCGCACAGAACACGAUUGCAGUGUAAAUGAAACGUGCUUUGGUAACAUCUGCAUCGAUCCGUGUACUCGAUUUAAUCCUUGCCCUCAGGAUGUUCCUUGUCAAACCUUAAACCAUGCUCCCAUGUGCUUGUGCAAUAGCGAUACCGUUACCGGUUACAACGUUGAUUGUAUGAAAAAAUCAGAACUAGGAUGUAGACAUAGCAACGAGUGUCCUUUGGAACGAUCGUGCAUCAACGGUAUUUGCGUUGAUCCAUGCCGAUCUGGCAAUCCUUGCGAUGUUGGAGAAGAAUGCGAAGUGCAAAAUCAUGAAACAGUUUGUGUAAAAUUAUGCCAAUGUGAAAAGGCAGCAGACUGUGGCGGUGGGCUGCUGUGCGAUGGAUGUAAUUGUGUGCUAAAGGAUACCGACCGUACAACUGGUUGUGAGCAUUGCCCACCGGGCAUCCCAUGUGACCCUAUUACUGGAGGUUGCGUAAAGGAACCACCAGGGUCGCCAAAAACUCCCGAGCCUUGCCAAUCUGAUAACGACUGUCUCGGUAAUGAAGCGUGUUACAUGGGCUUAUGCGAAAAUCCUUGCUUAUUUGACGGCGUUUGUGCGGAUACAGCUACAUGCCAGGCUAAAAUGCAUCGACCUAUUUGCACUUGUCCACCAGGACAUGAGGGUAACCCAACCAUCAAAUGCACAGUGCUGGAGCCAAUACAAUGCACCACAAAUGAUGAAUGUUCACUUACGGAAGCCUGUGUUGGAAACGUGUGCCAUAGACCGUGUGAUGUAAAGAAUCCUUGUACAACAAAUGCGGUUUGCAUCAAUACUAAUCACGGUACUGACUGCAGUUGCAUCGACGGAUAUCAUGGCAACGGUUUUGUGCAAUGCAUACCAGUCACAACAGUUGGUUCGGUUUGCCAAUACAAUGAAGAUUGUCCGCCGGAUAAGCUAUGCGAUCGUUUGAACCGUAUCUGUAUUAAUCCAUGCCAGAGCGAUUCCUGUGGCGAUAAUGCAGAUUGCUAUCCGGUGAAUCAUGGAAUCGAUUGUCGGUGCCGACCAGGUUACGCUGGUAAUGCUUACAUUGAAUGUACACAGCCUCAAGGAUGCCUAUCUGAUCGACAGUGCAACGAUAACGAGGCGUGCGUUAACGGACGUUGUGCAUCACCUUGCCAAUGUGGACCGAAUGCUAUGUGCGAUGUGAAGAAGCAUAAGGCCAUCUGCCGUUGCCCACCAGGGUACGGCGGUAAUGCACGCAUAGGAUGCAAUCCACCAAGCAACCCAUGUGAUCCAAACCCAUGCGGAAUCAAUGCAAUGUGUGAAGUAGAUAAUGGCAGUCCUGUGUGCUUCUGCCCACGUGGAUUAACCGGAAAUCCUUUCAAGAAUUGCAUUCCUGAAGGUGACGAAUGCACACCUAAUCCAUGCGGUCCCAACUCGGGAUGCCGGAGAAUUAACGGUAAAGCGACGUGUUUCUGUUUGCCAGAGUUUGAAGGAAAUCCACCACAGACACCAUGUACACUGCCACAAAAUCCAUGCGUUCCGUCACCGUGCGGGCCCAACACGCAAUGCACAAUACUGAGCAACGGUUAUGCAAAAUGUACUUGUGUUCCUGGAUACAUCGAAAGUCCCAAUACGAUUCGCGGUUGUGUGGAACCUUCUACUCCAUGCGAUCCGAAUCCCUGCGGCUUUGGAGCAAUAUGUGAUGCUACGCGAAAUCCCGUGUGCUACUGUCCAGAUUCGAUGAUCGGCAACCCGUAUCGUAGCUGUUUCGAACCGGUCAUGACACCGGAAUUAUGUCAGCCCGGACCAUGCGGUGCGAAUGCCGAUUGCUACGUCGCGGAAGGCCGAGAACAGUGUUACUGCAAGCCGAACUUUAUUGGAGACCCUUACGGAGGGUGCGUGGAGCAGCCUAGAUCAGUAUGCGAACCAAACCCUUGCGCUCCUGGAGCCGAGUGCGUGCUGCUAGUGGAUGGUUCUCCGGGAUGUCGAUGCCCGCCAGGAUUGAGCGGAGAUCCAACGACAACCGGUUGCCAUGCCUUCGAAUGUCUGAACGAUGACCAAUGUGCCACAGAUAAGGCUUGUAUCGGAUUUCGGUGUUCCGAUCCGUGUCCGGGAUCAUGCGGUACGGGAGCGCACUGUCGUGUAGAGAAGCAUCAUCCAGUAUGUUUCUGUGACACUGGUUUGACAGGCAAUCCCGCCAUUCAAUGCUACAGCUUAGAUGAACGGCCUCGGGACGCCUGCAAUCCUAGCCCGUGUGGUGCAAAUGCUCGAUGCUCGAUGAGAAACAAACGUCCAGUCUGUAAGUGCCUAACAAACUAUCACGGUGAUCCGCGUAAAGGCUGCAAACCGGAAUGCGAUAUCAACUCUGACUGUACACCCGACAAAUCUUGCAUCAAUCACAAGUGUGUUUCACCUUGUGCAUUAGGAACGGUUUGCGGUGUGAAUGCGGAAUGCAGCGUUAACUACCAUACACCAAUGUGUAAAUGUCCUUCAGGCUACACCGGAGAUGCCUUCGUACAAUGUGUCCCGAUACCAGAGGACAGAAACAUGACUAGACAGCCAUGCUUGUCCGAUCCGUGUGGUCCUGGAGAAAUAUGUUCAAUCUAUGGGAACGAUGUAGCACUUUGCGAUCCGUGCGUGGCCCCGGACGCAAUUCACAAUCCCCGAUGUCGACCGCAAUGUGUGUUGAACACAGACUGUCCAUUCAACAUGGCCUGUCUGCAGUCACAGUGUCAAGAUCCUUGUCCAGGAUCGUGUGGAUAUAACGCUCUCUGCACCGUAGAACGUCAUCGACCCGUUUGCUAUUGCCCGCCAAACAUGCAGGGAAACCCUUACGAGCAAUGCAAACCACAAGAAAGUCCACGGGAAACGUGCGAUAGCAUUCGAUGCGGUGCAAACACCCAAUGCAAACAGCAGAACGGAGCUUUAGCAUGUGUAUGUAAGAAAAAUUACUUCGGAGACCCGUUAGUAGGAUGCCGGCCGGAAUGUGUGCUGAAUACAGAUUGUCCGAUCAGUAAGGCGUGCGUAAAUUCACGCUGCUUUGAUCCAUGCGUUGAUGCGUGUGGUGUGAAUGCGCAAUGUAAGGUUGUCAAUCAUUUGCCAAUCUGUUACUGUCCGCCCACGCACACCGGCGAUGCACUGGUCGCGUGCACCGAACGCACAUAUCUUCCGCCGGAUAAUACGCCCUGUGACCCCAAUCCAUGUGGUCCGAACAGUAAAUGUCGCUCGACACCGGAUGGUUAUGCCAUCUGCUCGUGCUUACCGGGAUACCGGGGAGUGCCGCCAGCCUGCCAAGCAGAAUGUAUGAUCAAUGCAGAGUGUCCGCAGAAUAAAGCAUGUAUCAACCUGAAAUGUGCCGAUCCAUGCCCGGGUACGUGCGGUGUCGGUGCACGAUGUGAAGUGCUAAACCAUAAUCCGAUAUGUAGCUGCGGUGCCAACCAGCAGGGUGAUCCGUUUGUGAUUUGUGAAUCUCGCCAGAAUGAACCACCGAAGGAGCAACGAAACCCUUGUGAUCCUUCUCCGUGUGGACCAAACUCACUGUGUCAAGUACGCGGCCGACGACCGGUGUGCUCGUGUCAACCGAACUUCAUUGGGUCUCCGCCCGCCUGCCGUCCGGAGUGUGUGUUAAGUUCGGAGUGUCCACAGGACAAAGCGUGUAUUAACGAAAAGUGCCAGAAUCCGUGUGCAAACGCUUGCGGAGCGAAUGCUGACUGUCACAUUGUGGCGCAUUCAGCGUUCUGCAGCUGUCGUGCAGGAUUUGAAGGAGAUGCAUUCAUCGGUUGCUCCGCUGUUCCGAAGGACACACCAAGGGACGUUUGCUAUCCGAACCCGUGUGCAGAAAAUGCAAUAUGCAGUGACCAUAACGGUGCUGCAAAGUGUACAUGCAUAACACCAUAUCUGGGAGAUCCAUAUAAUACGGGAUGUAGACCGGAGUGUGUUUUGAACUCUGACUGCCCCAGCCACACGGCGUGCGUCAAUCAACAUUGCCGCGAUCCGUGUCCGGGUGUGUGCGGUACGAACGCGGAUUGUACCGUAGCUAACCAUAUACCGGUGUGCGAAUGUAGCCGUGGAUACGUGGGUGAUCCGUUCCGCGGCUGUCGUAAGGAUAUUCCUCCACCGGUGGCACCGAAAGAUCCAUGCGCUUCCUGCCCAUCGAACAGUGUAUGCCGUGUAGUGGGAGGACGGCCAACAUGCUCCUGUGCCGAGGGAUACCGUGGAACGCCACCGGCAUGCAGACCGGAAUGUUCUAGUAACGAGGAAUGUCCCCACGACCGUAGCUGCAUUAACUUAAAAUGCAAAGAUCCUUGUCCAGGAUUGUGUGGAAUCAAUGCACAGUGCCAAGUUAUCAACCACAAACCGUUCUGCAGCUGCCAGCGUGACAUGAUCGGUAAUCCAUUCGAACAGUGCUAUCCGAAACCAGCGGAACCUUUACAUCCGUGCCAGCCAAGCCCAUGUGGAGCUUACUCUGAAUGUCGUGAAAUUGAUAACCGUGCGGUCUGCACAUGUGCAGCCGGUAUGCUGGGUGCUCCACCAAACUGCAGACCGGAGUGCGAAACGGAUCAGGAUUGCCCGUCAAAUCGUGCAUGCUUCAACCAGAAGUGUCGUGAUCCGUGCGUGGGAUCGUGUGGCUACAAUGCGGACUGUGUUGCCCGCAACCAUCGACCGGAAUGUUAUUGUGUUAAUGGUUUCGAAGGGGAUCCAUACAGUGGUUGCAAUCCAGUCGCGAUUAAACGGGAUGAAGUUAUUGAACCAUGUAAUCCGUCGCCUUGCGGAUCGAAUGCGAUCUGCAAGGACCGUAACGGAGCUGGUUCGUGUGCAUGCAUGCCCAAUUAUUUCGGUGAUCCAUACGUCAACUGCAGACCGGAAUGCGUUCAAAGUUCAGAAUGUCCGACAACCAAGGCAUGCGUUAACAUGCGCUGUAUCGAUCCAUGCCUUGGUACUUGCGGGCCAAAUAGUGAAUGUCGUGUACAUAACCACUCGCCGUACUGUAGCUGUAGUCCCGGUUAUACAGGCAAUCCAUCACAGGCUUGCCGUCCUAUUGUGGUAGAAAACCUUCCCGCUCGCCAUCCGAUUGAUCCCUGCACGCCGUCUCCAUGCGGACCGUACAGCAUAUGCAGGGUGCUAGACGGUCAUCCGGUUUGCUCGUGUCAAAUCAGUUGUUCCGGCGUUCCUCCCAACUGUCGUCCAGAGUGUCUUAUCAAUGCCGAAUGUCCGCGCGAUAGAACGUGCCUAAACCAGCGUUGUAUUGAUGCUUGCCCGGGUACAUGCGGCAUGAAUGCGCGGUGCCGUGUGGUGAACCACAAUCCUAUUUGCAGCUGUAACGCUGGAUUUACUGGUGACCCGUUUGUGCAGUGCUCACCAGAGCCAACACAACCUGUGUUGCAGGAAGAGUACAGGAAUCCAUGUCAACCAUCGCCGUGUGGAGUAAACUCUUUGUGCAAAGUGCACAACAAUCGUGCAGUUUGUUCGUGUCUGCCCAAUUACGUGGGCCGUCCACCAAACUGUAGGCCCGAGUGUACCGUAGAUUCUGAAUGUCCUAUGAAUUUGGCCUGCAUCAAUGAAAAAUGCGGCAAUCCUUGCCUUGGAUCUUGUGGAGUAAAUACCGAAUGCGUUGUAGUUGCUCACAAACCUUUAUGUAGCUGCUCACCAGGCUACAGUGGGGAUCCAUUCGCUGGAUGCAGCAUCAUUCGGAUCGUUCAAGAAGAAACGCCCAUGCCAUGUAAUCCCAGCCCGUGUGGAGCGAAUGCAAUUUGCAAAGAACGUAAUGGUGCGGGAUCAUGCACCUGUGCACCGGAAUACUUUGGUGAUCCAUACGUUGGAUGUCGUCCAGAGUGUGUUAUGAAUAGCGAUUGUCCUAGAACUCGUGCCUGCAUUAAUAACAAAUGUCAAGAUCCGUGCCCUGGAACAUGCGGUGUUAAUGCUGAAUGUCACGUUGUAAAUCAUUCACCGAGCUGCGUUUGCGUGGCUGGGUACAUAGGAAACCCAUUCACCGAAUGUAGGCCCAAGCCAGAAAUUCGAGAUGAGCCGGUAGUUCAACCAUGUCAACCGUCACCAUGUGGUCCGAAUAGUAUUUGUCGCGUGUUGAACAACCACGCUGUAUGCACUUGCCAGCAGAACUAUAUCGGAUCUCCGCCGAACUGUCGUCCGGAGUGUGUGGUCAGCUCUGAGUGUCCUCUGGACAAAUCAUGUGUUAAGAUGCAAUGUACGGAUCCCUGCCCAGGGACGUGUGGUUUUAAUGCCCGUUGUCAGGUGGUAAACCACAAUCCGAUAUGCAGUUGCAAGGCUGGUUUUACAGGAGAUCCUUUUGUGCGAUGUGUACCAGAAGAACGUCGUCCAGUCGUGCAGGAAACACCUGCCGAUCCUUGUAUUCCUUCCCCAUGUGGACCGAAUUCUCAGUGUAAAGCGGUUGGACAUACUGCCGCCUGCUCUUGUCUUCCAAACUACAUCGGACGUGCACCGCACUGUCGCCCCGAGUGCACUUCCAACUCGCAGUGCACUCCAAUGAAAGCUUGUAUUAACGAGCGGUGUGGUGAUCCUUGCCCUGGAUCAUGUGGUUCAAAUGCGCUCUGCACUGUACAAAAUCAUCAGCCCAACUGUCGUUGUAUCGAAGGAUACGAAGGAGAUCCAUACACUUCAUGUGCUCUUGUGAUAAUACAUCGAGAACCAGAAAUUGUAGACCCCUGCAAUCCCUCCCCGUGUGGUAUUAAUGCCGAUUGUAACGUACGCAACAAUGCCGGAUCAUGCACAUGUGUGCAGGAUUACUUCGGUGAUCCUUAUCACGAGUGCCGUCCCGAGUGUAUGCUCAGCUCGGAUUGUGCAAAUACGCGGGCAUGCUUGAACAACAAAUGCGUCGACCCAUGUCCGGGCAUGUGCGGUCUGAAUGCUGAGUGUUUCGUCAUGAAUCAUUCACCUUCCUGUUCUUGUCUGCCGGGCUACACUGGCAACCCAUCACAAGCAUGUCGCGAGAUACCGAAACAAAUAGAACACACACCUAUCGAUCCUUGUCGUCCAUCGCCCUGCGGACCGUACAGUCAGUGUCGCAAUGUUAACGAUCACGCCGUCUGUUCGUGCCAGGCACAAUACAUUGGUUCUCCGCCGGCAUGCCGACCAGAGUGUACAGUUAGCUCUGAAUGUGCUCUGGACAAGGCUUGCAUUAAGCAAUCGUGCUUGGAUCCAUGCCCAGGAACAUGCGGUUUUAAUGCCCGCUGUACGGUGAUUAACCAUAAUCCCAUCUGUAGCUGUCCCUCCGGUUUCACGGGCGACCCAUUCGAGCGAUGCGUACCGGAAGAAAAACAAGUGGUUCAAGCGGAACCAACGAAUCCCUGCAUUCCAUCGCCGUGCGGACCAAAUUCUCAAUGCAGGGCAGUCGGUAAUGUUCCGGCCUGUUCCUGCCUGCCCAACUAUGUUGGUCGGGCACCGAACUGUCGCCCUGAGUGUACGAUUAAUGCGGAAUGCACUGGUAAUCUUGCCUGCGUCAAUGAAAAGUGCGCCGAUCCUUGUCCGGGAUCGUGCGGCCCCAAUGCAGUGUGCCACGUGAUCGAACACUCUCCUACCUGUUCCUGCCAAACCGGAUAUACGGGAGAUCCAUUCUCUGGAUGUACAGUUAUUCCUUUAACACCUGUUCGUGAAGAGCCACGAAACCCAUGCAACCCUUCGCCCUGUGGAUCGAACGCGGUAUGUAAGGAACGAAAUGGUGCUGGAUCAUGUACAUGUCUGCCAGAUUACUUUGGUGAUCCGUACAGUGGCUGUCGACCUGAGUGUGUUACCAAUAGCGAUUGUCCUCGCGUGAGGGCCUGCGUAAACAAUAAGUGCGCCGAUCCUUGCCCUGGUGUUUGUGGCAUCGACGCAGAAUGCUACGUAGUUAAUCACUCUCCAAGUUGCGCAUGCCGACCGGGCUAUACCGGUGACCCUUUCACACAAUGCCGUCCACCAGAGCAACCUAAACAAAAUGAACCGAUCAAUCCUUGCUCUCCGUCUCCGUGUGGUCCGAAUAGCAUAUGUCGCGAAUCGAACGGUCAUGCCGUCUGCACAUGCCAGGCAAGCUUUAUCGGUACGCCACCAAACUGCCGACCGGAAUGUAUUGUCAGUUCGGAGUGUGCUCUCGAUAAGGCUUGCAUCGGUCAAAAGUGCAACGAUCCUUGUCCUGGUACUUGUGGACAGAAUGCUCGUUGCCAAGUAGUGAACCAUAAUCCGAUAUGUAGCUGCUCGCUUGGUUUCACCGGAGAUCCAUUCGUUCGAUGCGUGCCAGUUGAAAAAGCUCCGGUUGUACAAGAUCCAGUAGACCCAUGCGUUCCCUCACCUUGUGGGCCAAACUCUGUCUGUCGCGCCGUUGGGUCGACACCUGCAUGUUCUUGUUUACCGAAUUAUAUCGGCAGAGCGCCAAACUGCCGCCCAGAGUGUAUGCUCAAUGCCGAGUGCCCUGCUACGUUGGCAUGUGUAAAUGAACGUUGUACUAACCCAUGUGUGGGCUCUUGUGGUAUUAACGCACGAUGUACAGUAGUGAAGCACAAUCCGAUCUGCGAAUGCGAGGCUGGUUUUACCGGAGAUCCCUUCUCUGUCUGUACAGAAAUAGUCACUACCAUACGUGACGAAGAACCAGUCAAUCCAUGCAAUCCAUCACCGUGCGGCGCUAAUGCGAUAUGCAAGGAAAGGAAUGGAGCUGGAUCAUGUACCUGUAUGCCAGAAUAUUUCGGUGAUCCUUACACAGGAUGUCGUCCCGAAUGUGUACAGAAUACCGAUUGCGAAAAAUCGAAGGCCUGCAUGAAUAACAAAUGCCGAGAUCCAUGCCCGGGCGUGUGUGGGCUUAAUGCUGAAUGUGCGGUCCAAAACCACAGCCCAGUGUGUUACUGCUUGGAGGGAUAUACUGGCGAUCCGGCCAGUACCUGUACGUUGGCUGAGAUUGUGACGGAGCGACCAAAGCUACCGGGCUGCCAACCGUCACCAUGUGGGCCAAACAGUCAGUGUAGAGAAAUCAAUGGACAUCCGGUAUGCUCUUGCCUGGCAGGUUACAUCGGUACGCCUCCGAUGUGUCGUCCGGAAUGCGUCGUAAGCUCGGAGUGCAGUCAGGAUCGGGCAUGCGUAAAUAAGAAAUGUGUUGAUCCGUGCCCGGGAACUUGUGGUACGGAAGCACGUUGUCAAGUGGUUAAUCAUAAUCCAAUAUGCAGCUGUCCUCCUGGAUUUACCGGCGAUCCGUUCAUACAGUGUGCAAAGAAAGAGGAACAGAAGGAUAUCACUCCAUUGAAUCCGUGUGUACCUUCACCAUGUGGACCGAACGCGAACUGUCGAACAGUCGGAAGCCAGCCUGCUUGUUCUUGUGCACCUAACUAUAUUGGAAGACCUCCAAAUUGUCGACCAGAAUGCACGAGAGACGCUGAGUGUCCAAGCAAUUUGGCAUGUCAAAACGAAAGAUGUCUUGAUCCCUGUGCAGCUGGAUGUGGUUUGAACGCGGUUUGCAGAGUAAUCAAUCAUAAACCAGUGUGUACGUGUGAUGAAGGUUUCGAAGGAAAUCCCCUUGAACAAUGCAGUCGCAGCUUACCGCCUACCACUGAGCGUCUAACGCCUUGCACACCUUCACCUUGUGGACCAAACGCUGAAUGUCGAGAGCGUAAUAAUGCUGGGGCUUGUUACUGUUUGGUUGGUUACGAAGGAAAUCCGUAUGAUGUAUUUUCGGGUUGUCGGCGAGAAUGUGACGUGAAUUCUGACUGCCCAGACAAGCUGGCAUGUGUUCAAUAUAAGUGUGUUGAUCCCUGCCCAGGUGUUUGUGGCGCUCAAGCUUUGUGUGAAAUUCAUAAUCACGUUCCAACGUGUAUAUGCCCGGAAAACAUGGAAGGAGAUCCAUUCGUUCAAUGCAAUCUACGAAUGGCAGAUCCAAUAACGCCAGCUCCUCCUGUAUGUGAUAAAUUCACAUGUGGUCCGAAUAGCAUUUGUCGUAUCCAAAACGGUGUAGCCGUCUGCAAAUGCCAACCUGAUAUGGUUGGUACUCCACCAAACUGUCGACCAGAAUGCCAACAAAACAGUGACUGUGAGGCAAACCGAGCUUGCGUCAACUUUAGGUGUAUAGAUCCAUGUCCUGGUUCGUGUGGCCAAAAUGCUAACUGUAACAUCAUCAAUCACAACCCAAUAUGUAGUUGUACACCUGGUUUUACCGGCGAUCCGUUCACUCGUUGUUAUAAAGAAAUCGUCACUAUCUCAACAACAGAGGCUCCACGGGCAUUAUGCACACCAUCACCAUGUGGACCAAAUGCCGAAUGUAAAGUUGUUGGAGACAGGGAAGCAUGCUCAUGUCUACCUGGUUAUAUAGGAGCACCGCCCAGUUGCAGACCGGAAUGUAUUUUAAGUACAGAAUGUGCUGACCAUCAAGCUUGUAUCAGACAAAAGUGUACAGAUCCGUGUCCUGGAUCAUGCGGACUAAACGCUAAAUGUUCCGUUUCACGUCAUACGCCGAGCUGCAGUUGUGAUGUUGGAUUUACUGGAGAUCCAUUUACUGGAUGUCAAGCCGUUAUCGAAGAUGUACCUGUUAUCAAUCCUUGCAAUCCAAGCCCAUGUGGAGCCAACGCUCUGUGUAGGGAACAAAACGGUGCCGGAUCAUGUACAUGUAUUGAGGAUCACUUUGGAAACCCCUACGAAGGAUGUCGUCCAGAAUGUGUGCUCAACUCGGACUGCCCAUCGAACAGGGCUUGUGUUAGGAAUAAAUGUCAAGAUCCUUGUCCAGGCACUUGUGGUCAGAACGCUGACUGCCAGGUCGUGAAUCACCUGCCCUCGUGUACCUGUUUCCCUGGAUACGAAGGAGAUCCAUUCAGAUAUUGUAACAUCCAACAGAGAGAACCGGUAAAAGAGUACGUCAAUCCUUGCCAACCGAGUCCCUGUGGUCCCAACAGCCAAUGUCGAGAGGUUAAUGGACAGGCGGUCUGCUCGUGUCUACCCACUUAUGUCGGCUCUCCUCCGGGAUGUCGCCCUGAGUGUGUGGUGAGCUCCGAAUGUGCCUUAGAUAAGGCAUGUGUCAACCAGAAAUGUGUUGAUCCGUGCCCUGGAACAUGCGGAACCAAUGCUAGGUGCAACGUCAAUAAUCACAGUCCCAUUUGCUCAUGUCAGUCGGGAUACACAGGCGAUCCGUUCACGAGAUGUUACCCCAUACCACCUCCGGUACAAGAUACACCAAUCGUUGUGAGGAACCCUUGCGUUCCGUCUCCGUGCGGUCCUAACUCGCAGUGUCGUGAUGUAAACGGUUCUCCUUCAUGUUCAUGCUUGAUCAACUACAUUGGAUCUCCGCCAAAUUGUCGCCCCGAGUGCUCAAUUAACGCGGAAUGUCCGAGCAAUCAGGCGUGCAUGAACGAGAAGUGUCGAGACCCUUGUCCGGGAUCGUGUGGCAUCAAUGCCAGAUGUAAUGUGAUCAACCAUACUCCCAUUUGUACGUGCGAGGAAGGAUACACUGGAGAUCCUUUCACAAGUUGUCGACCCAUGCCUCCGCCACGUAAGAAUCUCCUCGCUUUCCUCUCGCUCUCAGACCUCUGCAUAACGAAUCCCUUUUCAACAGCGCCUGAGCCUGUCAAUGAUGAUCCAUGCAAUCCUUCGCCCUGUGGCGCAAAUGCGCAAUGCCAGAACGGUAUUUGCACAUGUUUGCCAGAGUACCAAGGCGAUCCGUACCGAGGCUGCAGGCCAGAGUGCGUAUUGAACUCGGACUGCGCUCGAGAUAGGGCCUGUAUUCGCAGCAAGUGUGUAGAUCCUUGUCCGGGCACUUGCGGUCAAGAUGCAUUGUGCGAAGUGAUCAAUCACAUUCCUAUGUGCCGAUGUCCGGAUGGAAUGGCCGGAAACGCAUUUGUGCAGUGUCGGCCGCAACAAGCUCCGGCUGUGACCAAUCCAUGCAGUCCAUCGCCCUGCGGCCCUAAUAGCCAGUGUCGCGAAAUCAAUGGACAAGCCGUGUGCUCCUGUGUCCCAGGAUACAUUGGAAGCCCUCCGACAUGUCGUCCGGAAUGCGUUGUGAGUGCUGAGUGUCCUCAGACUCAAGCGUGUACCAACCAGAAAUGUAGGGAUCCAUGUCUUGGAACAUGUGGAGUAGGAGCCAGAUGCUCGGUUGUGAAUCAUAAUCCAAUUUGCAGCUGCCCGGAAAGAUACACGGGCGAUCCAUUCGUACGCUGUCAGCCAAUGAUCGAGCCUCCAGUACAAAUGACCCCAACCAACCCUUGCCAACCUUCUCCUUGUGGACCAAAUGCACAAUGCCGUGCAGUAGGUGAUUCGCCGUCUUGUACAUGUAUAGAGGGCAUGAUAGGUGCUCCACCCAAUUGCCGUCCGGAAUGUGUCAGCAACUCUGAUUGUUCGAACAACUUGGCGUGCAUACGACAAAAGUGUCAAGAUCCUUGUCCAGGUGCCUGUGGGGUCAACGCGGAAUGUAGAGUUGUCAGCCACACACCUAUGUGCAUUUGUGCCGUCGCAUAUACUGGAGAUCCUUUCACACAAUGCGUGCCUUUCCAACAAGAUACGCCCAAAGAUCAAACGACCCCUUGCCUACCCAACCCAUGUGGAGCCAACGCUCAAUGUAGGGAACAAAACGGUGCCGGAUCAUGUACAUGUAUUGAGGACCACUUUGGAAAUCCCUACGAAGGAUGUCGUCCAGAAUGUGUGCUCAACUCGGACUGCCCAUCGAACAGGGCUUGUGUUAGGAAUAAAUGUCAAGAUCCUUGUCCAGGCACUUGUGGUCAGAACGCUGACUGCCAGGUCGUGAAUCACCUGCCCUCGUGUACCUGUUUCCCUGGAUACGAAGGAGAUCCAUUCAGAUAUUGUAACAUCCAACAGAGAGAACCGGUAAAAGAGUACGUCAAUCCUUGCCAACCGAGUCCCUGUGGUCCCAACAGCCAAUGUCGAGAGGUUAAUGGACAGGCGGUCUGCUCGUGUCUACCCACUUAUGUCGGCUCUCCUCCGGGAUGUCGCCCUGAGUGUGUGGUGAGCUCCGAAUGUGCCUUAGAUAAGGCAUGUGUCAACCAGAAAUGUGUUGAUCCGUGCCCUGGAACAUGCGGAACCAAUGCUAGGUGCAACGUCAAUAAUCACAGUCCCAUUUGCUCAUGUCAGUCGGGAUACACAGGCGAUCCGUUCACGAGAUGUUACCCCAUACCACCUCCGGUACAAGAUACACCAAUCGUUGUGAGGAACCCUUGCGUUCCGUCUCCGUGCGGUCCUAACUCGCAGUGUCGUGAUGUAAACGGCUCUCCUUCAUGUUCAUGCUUGAUCAACUACAUUGGAUCUCCGCCAAAUUGUCGCCCCGAGUGCUCAAUUAACGCGGAAUGUCCGAGCAAUCAGGCGUGCAUGAACGAGAAGUGUCGAGACCCUUGUCCGGGAUCGUGUGGCAUCAAUGCCAGAUGUAAUGUGAUCAACCAUACUCCCAUUUGUACGUGCGAGGAAGGAUACACUGGAGAUCCUUUCACAAGUUGUCGACCCAUGCCUCCGCCACCGCCUGAGCCCGUCAAUGAUGAUCCAUGCAAUCCUUCGCCCUGUGGCGCAAAUGCGCAAUGCCAGAACGGUAUUUGCACAUGUUUGCCAGAGUACCAAGGCGAUCCGUACCGAGGCUGCAGGCCAGAGUGCGUAUUGAACUCGGACUGCGCUCGAGAUAGGGCCUGUAUUCGCAGCAAGUGUGUAGAUCCUUGUCCGGGCACUUGCGGUCAAGAUGCAUUGUGCGAAGUGAUCAAUCACAUUCCUAUGUGCCGAUGUCCGGAUGGAAUGGCCGGAAACGCAUUUGUGCAGUGUCGGCCGCAACAAGCUCCGGCUGUGACCAAUCCAUGCAGUCCAUCGCCCUGCGGCCCUAAUAGCCAGUGUCGCGAAAUCAAUGGACAAGCCGUGUGCUCCUGUGUCCCAGGAUACAUUGGAAGCCCUCCGACAUGUCGUCCGGAAUGCGUUGUGAGUGCUGAGUGUCCUCAGACUCAAGCGUGUACCAACCAGAAAUGUAGGGAUCCAUGUCUUGGAACAUGUGGAGUAGGAGCCAGAUGCUCGGUUGUGAAUCAUAAUCCAAUUUGCAGCUGCCCGGAAAGAUACACGGGCGAUCCAUUCGUACGCUGUCAGCCAAUGAUCGAGCCUCCAGUACAAAUGACCCCAACCAACCCUUGCCAACCUUCUCCUUGUGGACCAAAUGCACAAUGCCGUGCAGUAGGUGAUUCGCCGUCUUGUACAUGUAUAGAGGGCAUGAUAGGUGCUCCACCCAAUUGCCGUCCGGAAUGUGUCAGCAACUCUGAUUGCUCGAACAACUUGGCGUGCAUACGACAAAAGUGUCAAGAUCCUUGUCCAGGUGCCUGUGGGGUCAACGCGGAAUGUAGGGUUGUCAGCCACACACCUAUGUGCAUUUGUGCCGUCGCAUAUACUGGAGAUCCUUUCACACAAUGCGUGCCUUUCCAACAAGAUACGCCCAAAGAUCAAACGACCCCUUGCCUACCCAACCCAUGUGGAGCCAACGCUCAAUGUAGGGAACAAAACGGUGCCGGAUCAUGUACAUGUAUUGAGGACCACUUUGGAAAUCCCUACGAAGGAUGUCGUCCAGAAUGUGUGCUCAACUCGGACUGCCCAUCGAACAGGGCUUGUGUUAGGAAUAAAUGUCAAGAUCCUUGUCCAGGCACUUGUGGUCAGAACGCUGACUGCCAGGUCGUGAAUCACCUGCCCUCGUGUACCUGUUUCCCUGGAUACGAAGGAGAUCCAUUCAGAUAUUGUAACAUCCAACAGAGAGAACCGGUAAAAGAGUACGUCAAUCCUUGCCAACCGAGUCCCUGUGGUCCCAACAGCCAAUGUCGAGAGGUUAAUGGACAGGCGGUCUGCUCGUGUCUACCCACUUAUGUCGGCUCUCCUCCGGGAUGUCGCCCUGAGUGUGUGGUGAGCUCCGAAUGUGCCUUAGAUAAGGCAUGUGUCAACCAGAAAUGUGUUGAUCCGUGCCCUGGAACAUGCGGAACCAAUGCUAGGUGCAACGUCAAUAAUCACAGUCCCAUUUGCUCAUGUCAGUCGGGAUACACAGGCGAUCCGUUCACGAGAUGUUACCCCAUACCACCUCCGGUACAAGAUACACCAAUCGUUGUGAGGAACCCUUGCGUUCCGUCUCCGUGCGGUCCUAACUCGCAGUGUCGUGAUGUAAACGGCUCUCCUUCAUGUUCAUGCUUGAUCAACUACAUUGGAUCUCCGCCAAAUUGUCGCCCCGAGUGCUCAAUUAACGCGGAAUGUCCGAGCAAUCAGGCGUGCAUGAACGAGAAGUGUCGAGACCCUUGUCCGGGAUCGUGUGGCAUCAAUGCCAGAUGUAAUGUGAUCAACCAUACUCCCAUUUGUACGUGCGAGGAAGGAUACACUGGAGAUCCUUUCACAAGUUGUCGACCCAUGCCUCCGCCACGUAAGAAUCUCCUCGCUUUCCUCUCGCUCUCAGACCUCUGCAUAACGAAUCCCUUUUCAACAGCGCCUGAGCCUGUCAAUGAUGAUCCAUGCAAUCCUUCGCCCUGUGGCGCAAAUGCGCAAUGCCAGAACGGUAUUUGCACAUGUUUGCCAGAGUACCAAGGCGAUCCGUACCGAGGCUGCAGGCCAGAGUGCGUAUUGAACUCGGACUGCGCUCGAGAUAGGGCCUGUAUUCGCAGCAAGUGUGUAGAUCCUUGUCCGGGCACUUGCGGUCAAGAUGCAUUGUGCGAAGUGAUCAAUCACAUUCCUAUGUGCCGAUGUCCGGAUGGAAUGGCCGGAAACGCAUUUGUGCAGUGUCGGCCGCAACAAGCUCCGGCUGUGACCAAUCCAUGCAGUCCAUCGCCCUGCGGCCCUAAUAGCCAGUGUCGCGAAAUCAAUGGACAAGCCGUGUGCUCCUGUGUCCCAGGAUACAUUGGAAGCCCUCCGACAUGUCGUCCGGAAUGCGUUGUGAGUGCUGAGUGUCCUCAGACUCAAGCGUGUACCAACCAGAAAUGUAGGGAUCCAUGUCUUGGAACAUGUGGAGUAGGAGCCAGAUGCUCGGUUGUGAAUCAUAAUCCAAUUUGCAGCUGCCCGGAAAGAUACACGGGCGAUCCAUUCGUACGCUGUCAGCCAAUGAUCGAGCCUCCAGUACAAAUGACCCCAACCAACCCUUGCCAACCUUCUCCUUGUGGACCAAAUGCACAAUGCCGUGCAGUAGGUGAUUCGCCGUCUUGUACAUGUAUAGAGGGCAUGAUAGGUGCUCCACCCAAUUGCCGUCCGGAAUGUGUCAGCAACUCUGAUUGUUCGAACAACUUGGCGUGCAUACGACAAAAGUGUCAAGAUCCUUGUCCAGGUGCCUGUGGGGUCAACGCGGAAUGUAGAGUUGUCAGCCACACACCUAUGUGCAUUUGUGCCGUUGCAUAUACUGGAGAUCCUUUCACACAAUGCGUGCCUUUCCAACAAGAUACGCCCAAAGAUCAAACGACCCCUUGCCUACCCAACCCAUGUGGAGCCAACGCUCAAUGUAGGGAACAAAACGGUGCCGGAUCAUGUACAUGUAUUGAGGACCACUUUGGAAAUCCCUACGAAGGAUGUCGUCCAGAAUGUGUGCUCAACUCGGACUGCCCAUCGAACAGGGCUUGUGUUAGGAAUAAAUGUCAAGAUCCUUGUCCAGGCACUUGUGGUCAGAACGCUGACUGCCAGGUCGUGAAUCACCUGCCCUCGUGUACCUGUUUCCCUGGAUACGAAGGAGAUCCAUUCAGAUAUUGUAACAUCCAACAGAGAGAACCGGUAAAAGAGUACGUCAAUCCUUGCCAACCGAGUCCCUGUGGUCCCAACAGCCAAUGUCGAGAGGUUAAUGGACAGGCGGUCUGCUCGUGUCUACCCACUUAUGUCGGCUCUCCUCCGGGAUGUCGCCCUGAGUGUGUGGUGAGCUCCGAAUGUGCCUUAGAUAAGGCAUGUGUCAACCAGAAAUGUGUUGAUCCGUGCCCUGGAACAUGCGGAACCAAUGCUAGGUGCAACGUCAAUAAUCACAGUCCCAUUUGCUCAUGUCAGUCGGGAUACACAGGCGAUCCGUUCACGAGAUGUUACCCCAUACCACCUCCGGUACAAGAUACACCAAUCGUUGUGAGGAACCCUUGCGUUCCGUCUCCGUGCGGUCCUAACUCGCAGUGUCGUGAUGUAAACGGCUCUCCUUCAUGUUCAUGCUUGAUCAACUACAUUGGAUCUCCGCCAAAUUGUCGCCCCGAGUGCUCAAUUAACGCGGAAUGUCCGAGCAAUCAGGCGUGCAUGAACGAGAAGUGUCGAGACCCUUGUCCGGGAUCGUGUGGCAUCAAUGCCAGAUGUAAUGUGAUCAACCAUACUCCCAUUUGUACGUGCGAGGAAGGAUACACUGGAGAUCCUUUCACAAGUUGUCGACCCAUGCCUCCGCCACCGCCUGAGCCUGUCAAUGAUGAUCCAUGCAAUCCUUCGCCCUGUGGCGCAAAUGCGCAAUGCCAGAACGGUAUUUGCACAUGUUUGCCAGAGUACCAAGGCGAUCCGUACCGAGGCUGCAGGCCAGAGUGCGUAUUGAACUCGGACUGCGCUCGAGAUAGGGCCUGUAUUCGCAGCAAGUGUGUAGAUCCUUGUCCGGGCACUUGCGGUCAAGAUGCAUUGUGCGAAGUGAUCAAUCACAUUCCUAUGUGCCGAUGUCCGGAUGGAAUGGCCGGAAACGCAUUUGUGCAGUGUCGGCCGCAACAAGCUCCGGCUGUGACCAAUCCAUGCAGUCCAUCGCCCUGCGGCCCUAAUAGCCAGUGUCGCGAAAUCAAUGGACAAGCCGUGUGCUCCUGUGUCCCAGGAUACAUUGGAAGCCCUCCGACAUGUCGUCCGGAAUGCGUUGUGAGUGCUGAGUGUCCUCAGACUCAAGCGUGUACCAACCAGAAAUGUAGGGAUCCAUGUCUUGGAACAUGUGGAGUAGGAGCCAGAUGCUCGGUUGUGAAUCAUAAUCCAAUAUGCAGCUGCCCGGAAAGAUACACGGGCGAUCCAUUCGUACGCUGUCAGCCAAUGAUCGAGCCUCCAGUACAAAUGACCCCAACCAACCCUUGCCAACCUUCUCCUUGUGGACCAAAUGCACAAUGCCGUGCAGUAGGUGAUUCGCCGUCUUGUACAUGUAUAGAGGGCAUGAUAGGUGCUCCACCCAAUUGCCGUCCGGAAUGUGUCAGCAACUCUGAUUGUUCGAACAACUUGGCGUGCAUACGACAAAAGUGUCAAGAUCCUUGUCCAGGUGCCUGUGGGGCCAACGCGGAAUGUAGGGUUGUCAGCCACACACCUAUGUGCAUUUGUGCCGUCGCAUAUACUGGAGAUCCUUUCACACAAUGCGUGCCUUUCCAACAAGAUACGCCCAAAGAUCAAACGACCCCUUGCCUACCCAACCCAUGUGGAGCCAACGCUCAAUGUAGGGAACAAAACGGUGCCGGAUCAUGUACAUGUAUUGAGGACCACUUUGGAAAUCCCUACGAAGGAUGUCGUCCAGAAUGUGUGCUCAACUCGGACUGCCCAUCGAACAGGGCUUGUGUUAGGAAUAAAUGUCAAGAUCCUUGUCCAGGCACUUGUGGUCAGAACGCUGACUGCCAGGUCGUGAAUCACCUGCCCUCGUGUACCUGUUUCCCUGGAUACGAAGGAGAUCCAUUCAGAUAUUGUAACAUCCAACAGAGAGAACCGGUAAAAGAGUACGUCAAUCCUUGCCAACCGAGUCCCUGUGGUCCCAACAGCCAAUGUCGAGAGGUUAAUGGACAGGCGGUCUGCUCGUGUCUACCCACUUAUGUCGGCUCUCCUCCGGGAUGUCGCCCUGAGUGUGUGGUGAGCUCCGAAUGUGCCUUAGAUAAGGCAUGUGUCAACCAGAAAUGUGUUGAUCCGUGCCCUGGAACAUGCGGAACCAAUGCUAGGUGCAACGUCAAUAAUCACAGUCCCAUUUGCUCAUGUCAGUCGGGAUACACAGGCGAUCCGUUCACGAGAUGUUACCCCAUACCACCUCCGGUACAAGAUACACCAAUCGUUGUGAGGAACCCUUGCGUUCCGUCUCCGUGCGGUCCUAACUCGCAGUGUCGUGAUGUAAACGGCUCUCCUUCAUGUUCAUGCUUGAUCAACUACAUUGGAUCUCCGCCAAAUUGUCGCCCCGAGUGCUCAAUUAACGCGGAAUGUCCGAGCAAUCAGGCGUGCAUGAACGAGAAGUGUCGAGACCCUUGUCCGGGAUCGUGUGGCAUCAAUGCCAGAUGUAAUGUGAUCAACCAUACUCCCAUUUGUACGUGCGAGGAAGGAUACACUGGAGAUCCUUUCACAAGUUGUCGACCCAUGCCUCCGCCACCGCCUGAGCCCGUCAAUGAUGAUCCGUGCAAUCCUUCGCCCUGUGGCGCAAAUGCGCAAUGCCAGAACGGUAUUUGCACAUGUUUGCCAGAGUACCAAGGCGAUCCGUACCGAGGCUGCAGGCCAGAGUGCGUAUUGAACUCGGACUGCGCUCGAGAUAGGGCCUGUAUUCGCAGCAAGUGUGUAGAUCCUUGUCCGGGCACUUGCGGUCAAGAUGCAUUGUGCGAAGUGAUCAAUCACAUUCCUAUGUGCCGAUGUCCGGAUGGAAUGGCCGGAAACGCAUUUGUGCAGUGUCGGCCGCAACAAGCUCCGGCUGUGACCAAUCCAUGCAGUCCAUCGCCCUGCGGCCCUAAUAGCCAGUGUCGCGAAAUCAAUGGACAAGCCGUGUGCUCCUGUGUCCCAGGAUACAUUGGAAGCCCUCCGACAUGUCGUCCGGAAUGCGUUGUGAGUGCUGAGUGUCCUCAGACUCAAGCGUGUACCAACCAGAAAUGUAGGGAUCCAUGUCUUGGAACAUGUGGAGUAGGAGCCAGAUGCUCGGUUGUGAAUCAUAAUCCAAUUUGCAGCUGCCCGGAAAGAUACACGGGCGAUCCAUUCGUACGCUGUCAGCCAAUGAUCGAGCCUCCAGUACAAAUGACCCCAACCAACCCUUGCCAACCUUCUCCUUGUGGACCAAAUGCACAAUGCCGUGCAGUAGGUGAUUCGCCGUCUUGUACAUGUAUAGAGGGCAUGAUAGGUGCUCCACCCAAUUGCCGUCCGGAAUGUGUCAGCAACUCUGAUUGCUCGAACAACUUGGCGUGCAUACGACAAAAGUGUCAAGAUCCUUGUCCAGGUGCCUGUGGGGCCAACGCGGAAUGUAGGGUUGUCAGCCACACACCUAUGUGCAUUUGUGCCGUCGCAUAUACUGGAGAUCCUUUCACACAAUGCGUGCCUUUCCAACAAGAUACGCCCAAAGAUCAAACGACCCCUUGCCUACCCAACCCAUGUGGAGCCAACGCUCAAUGUAGGGAACAAAACGGUGCCGGAUCAUGUACAUGUAUUGAGGACCACUUUGGAAAUCCCUACGAAGGAUGUCGUCCAGAAUGUGUGCUCAACUCGGACUGCCCAUCGAACAGGGCUUGUGUUAGGAAUAAAUGUCAAGAUCCUUGUCCAGGCACUUGUGGUCAGAACGCUGACUGCCAGGUCGUGAAUCACCUGCCCUCGUGUACCUGUUUCCCUGGAUACGAAGGAGAUCCAUUCAGAUAUUGUAACAUCCAACAGAGAGAACCGGUAAAAGAGUACGUCAAUCCUUGCCAACCGAGUCCCUGUGGUCCCAACAGCCAAUGUCGAGAGGUCAAUGGACAGGCGGUCUGCUCGUGUCUACCCACUUAUGUCGGCUCUCCUCCGGGAUGUCGCCCUGAGUGUGUGGUGAGCUCCGAAUGUGCCUUAGAUAAGGCAUGUGUCAACCAGAAAUGUGUUGAUCCGUGCCCUGGAACAUGCGGAACCAAUGCUAGGUGCAACGUCAAUAAUCACAGUCCCAUUUGCUCAUGUCAGUCGGGAUACACAGGCGAUCCGUUCACGAGAUGUUACCCCAUACCACCUCCGGUACAAGAUACACCAAUCGUUGUGAGGAACCCUUGCGUUCCGUCUCCGUGCGGUCCUAACUCGCAGUGUCGUGAUGUAAACGGCUCUCCUUCAUGUUCAUGCUUGAUCAACUACAUUGGAUCUCCGCCAAAUUGUCGCCCCGAGUGCUCAAUUAACGCGGAAUGUCCGAGCAAUCAGGCGUGCAUGAACGAGAAGUGUCGAGACCCUUGUCCGGGAUCGUGUGGCAUCAAUGCCAGAUGUAAUGUGAUCAACCAUACUCCCAUUUGUACGUGCGAGGAAGGAUACACUGGAGAUCCUUUCACAAGUUGUCGACCCAUGCCUCCGCCACCGCCUGAGCCCGUCAAUGAUGAUCCGUGCAAUCCUUCGCCCUGUGGCGCAAAUGCGCAAUGCCAGAACGGUAUUUGCACAUGUUUGCCAGAGUACCAAGGCGAUCCGUACCGAGGCUGCAGGCCAGAGUGCGUAUUGAACUCGGACUGCGCUCGAGAUAGGGCCUGUAUUCGCAGCAAGUGUGUAGAUCCUUGUCCGGGCACUUGCGGUCAAGAUGCAUUGUGCGAAGUGAUCAAUCACAUUCCUAUGUGCCGAUGUCCGGAUGGAAUGGCCGGAAACGCAUUUGUGCAGUGUCGGCCGCAACAAGCUCCGGCUGUGACCAAUCCAUGCAGUCCAUCGCCCUGCGGCCCUAAUAGCCAGUGUCGCGAAAUCAAUGGACAAGCCGUGUGCUCCUGUGUCCCAGGAUACAUUGGAAGCCCUCCGACAUGUCGUCCGGAAUGCGUUGUGAGUGCUGAGUGUCCUCAGACUCAAGCGUGUACCAACCAGAAAUGUAGGGAUCCAUGUCUUGGAACAUGUGGAGUAGGAGCCAGAUGCUCGGUUGUGAAUCAUAAUCCAAUUUGCAGCUGCCCGGAAAGAUACACGGGCGAUCCAUUCGUACGCUGUCAGCCAAUGAUCGAGCCUCCAGUACAAAUGACCCCAACCAACCCUUGCCAACCUUCUCCUUGUGGACCAAAUGCACAAUGCCGUGCAGUAGGUGAUUCGCCGUCUUGUACAUGUAUAGAGGGCAUGAUAGGUGCUCCACCCAAUUGCCGUCCGGAAUGUGUCAGCAACUCUGAUUGCUCGAACAACUUGGCGUGCAUACGACAAAAGUGUCAAGAUCCUUGUCCAGGUGCCUGUGGGGCCAACGCGGAAUGUAGGGUUGUCAGCCACACACCUAUGUGCAUUUGUGCCGUCGCAUAUACUGGAGAUCCUUUCACACAAUGCGUGCCUUUCCAACAAGAUACGCCCAAAGAUCAAACGACCCCUUGCCUACCCAACCCAUGUGGAGCCAACGCUCAAUGUAGGGAACAAAACGGUGCCGGAUCAUGUACAUGUAUUGAGGACCACUUUGGAAAUCCCUACGAAGGAUGUCGUCCAGAAUGUGUGCUCAACUCGGACUGCCCAUCGAACAGGGCUUGUGUUAGGAAUAAAUGUCAAGAUCCUUGUCCAGGCACUUGUGGUCAGAACGCUGACUGCCAGGUCGUGAAUCACCUGCCCUCGUGUACCUGUUUCCCUGGAUACGAAGGAGAUCCAUUCAGAUAUUGUAACAUCCAACAGAGAGAACCGGUAAAAGAGUACGUCAAUCCUUGCCAACCGAGUCCCUGUGGUCCCAACAGCCAAUGUCGAGAGGUUAAUGGACAGGCGGUCUGCUCGUGUCUACCCACUUAUGUCGGCUCUCCUCCGGGAUGUCGCCCUGAGUGUGUGGUGAGCUCCGAAUGUGCCUUAGAUAAGGCAUGUGUCAACCAGAAAUGUGUUGAUCCGUGCCCUGGAACAUGCGGAACCAAUGCUAGGUGCAACGUCAAUAAUCACAGUCCCAUUUGCUCAUGUCAGUCGGGAUACACAGGCGAUCCGUUCACGAGAUGUUACCCCAUACCACCUCCGGUACAAGAUACACCAAUCGUUGUGAGGAACCCUUGCGUUCCGUCUCCGUGCGGUCCUAACUCGCAGUGUCGUGAUGUAAACGGCUCUCCUUCAUGUUCAUGCUUGAUCAACUACAUUGGAUCUCCGCCAAAUUGUCGCCCCGAGUGCUCAAUUAACGCGGAAUGUCCGAGCAAUCAGGCGUGCAUGAACGAGAAGUGUCGAGACCCUUGUCCGGGAUCGUGUGGCAUCAAUGCCAGAUGUAAUGUGAUCAACCAUACUCCCAUUUGUACGUGCGAGGAAGGAUACACUGGAGAUCCUUUCACAAGUUGUCGACCCAUGCCUCCGCCACCGCCUGAGCCCGUCAAUGAUGAUCCAUGCAAUCCUUCGCCCUGUGGCGCAAAUGCGCAAUGCCAGAACGGUAUUUGCACAUGUUUGCCAGAGUACCAAGGCGAUCCGUACCGAGGCUGCAGGCCAGAGUGCGUAUUGAACUCGGACUGCGCUCGAGAUAGGGCCUGUAUUCGCAGCAAGUGUGUAGAUCCUUGUCCGGGCACUUGCGGUCAAGAUGCAUUGUGCGAAGUGAUCAAUCACAUUCCUAUGUGCCGAUGUCCGGAUGGAAUGGCCGGAAACGCAUUUGUGCAGUGUCGGCCGCAACAAGCUCCGGCUGUGACCAAUCCAUGCAGUCCAUCGCCCUGCGGCCCUAAUAGCCAGUGUCGCGAAAUCAAUGGACAAGCCGUGUGCUCCUGUGUCCCAGGAUACAUUGGAAGCCCUCCGACAUGUCGUCCGGAAUGCGUUGUGAGUGCUGAGUGUCCUCAGACUCAAGCGUGUACCAACCAGAAAUGUAGGGAUCCAUGUCUUGGAACAUGUGGAGUAGGAGCCAGAUGCUCGGUUGUGAAUCAUAAUCCAAUUUGCAGCUGCCCGGAAAGAUACACGGGCGAUCCAUUCGUACGCUGUCAGCCAAUGAUCGAGCCUCCAGUACAAAUGACCCCAACCAACCCUUGCCAACCUUCUCCUUGUGGACCAAAUGCACAAUGCCGUGCAGUAGGUGAUUCGCCGUCUUGUACAUGUAUAGAGGGCAUGAUAGGUGCUCCACCCAAUUGCCGUCCGGAAUGUGUCAGCAACUCUGAUUGCUCGAACAACUUGGCGUGCAUACGACAAAAGUGUCAAGAUCCUUGUCCAGGUGCCUGUGGGGCCAACGCGGAAUGUAGGGUUGUCAGCCACACACCUAUGUGCAUUUGUGCCGUCGCAUAUACUGGAGAUCCUUUCACACAAUGCGUGCCUUUCCAACAAGAUACGCCCAAAGAUCAAACGACCCCUUGCCUACCCAACCCAUGUGGAGCCAACGCUCAAUGUAGGGAACAAAACGGUGCCGGAUCAUGUACAUGUAUUGAGGACCACUUUGGAAAUCCCUACGAAGGAUGUCGUCCAGAAUGUGUGCUCAACUCGGACUGCCCAUCGAACAGGGCUUGUGUUAGGAAUAAAUGUCAAGAUCCUUGUCCAGGCACUUGUGGUCAGAACGCUGACUGCCAGGUCGUGAAUCACCUGCCCUCGUGUACCUGUUUCCCUGGAUACGAAGGAGAUCCAUUCAGAUAUUGUAACAUCCAACAGAGAGAACCGGUUAAAGAGUACGUCAAUCCUUGCCAACCGAGUCCCUGUGGUCCCAACAGCCAAUGUCGAGAGGUUAAUGGACAGGCGGUCUGCUCGUGUCUACCCACUUAUGUCGGCUCUCCUCCGGGAUGUCGCCCUGAGUGUGUGGUGAGCUCCGAAUGUGCCUUAGAUAAGGCAUGUGUCAACCAGAAAUGUGUUGAUCCGUGCCCUGGAACAUGCGGAACCAAUGCUAGGUGCAACGUCAAUAAUCACAGUCCCAUUUGCUCAUGUCAGUCGGGAUACACAGGCGAUCCGUUCACGAGAUGUUACCCCAUACCACCUCCGGUACAAGAUACACCAAUCGUUGUGAGGAACCCUUGCGUUCCGUCUCCGUGCGGUCCUAACUCGCAGUGUCGUGAUGUAAACGGCUCUCCUUCAUGUUCAUGCUUGAUCAACUACAUUGGAUCUCCGCCAAAUUGUCGCCCCGAGUGCUCAAUUAACGCGGAAUGUCCGAGCAAUCAGGCGUGCAUGAACGAGAAGUGUCGAGACCCUUGUCCGGGAUCGUGUGGCAUCAAUGCCAGAUGUAAUGUGAUCAACCAUACUCCCAUUUGUACGUGCGAGGAAGGAUACACUGGAGAUCCUUUCACAAGUUGUCGACCCAUGCCUCCGCCACCGCCUGAGCCCGUCAAUGAUGAUCCAUGCAAUCCUUCGCCCUGUGGCGCAAAUGCGCAAUGCCAGAACGGUAUUUGCACAUGUUUGCCAGAGUACCAAGGCGAUCCGUACCGAGGCUGCAGGCCAGAGUGCGUAUUGAACUCGGACUGCGCUCGAGAUAGGGCCUGUAUUCGCAGCAAGUGUGUAGAUCCUUGUCCGGGCACUUGCGGUCAAGAUGCAUUGUGCGAAGUGAUCAAUCACAUUCCUAUGUGCCGAUGUCCGGAUGGAAUGGCCGGAAACGCAUUUGUGCAGUGUCGGCCGCAACAAGCUCCGGCUGUGACCAAUCCAUGCAGUCCAUCGCCCUGCGGCCCUAAUAGCCAGUGUCGCGAAAUCAAUGGACAAGCCGUGUGCUCCUGUGUCCCAGGAUACAUUGGAAGCCCUCCGACAUGUCGUCCGGAAUGCGUUGUGAGUGCUGAGUGUCCUCAGACUCAAGCGUGUACCAACCAGAAAUGUAGGGAUCCAUGUCUUGGAACAUGUGGAGUAGGAGCCAGAUGCUCGGUUGUGAAUCAUAAUCCAAUUUGCAGCUGCCCGGAAAGAUACACGGGCGAUCCAUUCGUACGCUGUCAGCCAAUGAUCGAGCCUCCAGUACAAAUGACCCCAACCAACCCUUGCCAACCUUCUCCUUGUGGACCAAAUGCACAAUGCCGUGCAGUAGGUGAUUCGCCGUCUUGUACAUGUAUAGAGGGCAUGAUAGGUGCUCCACCCAAUUGCCGUCCGGAAUGUGUCAGCAACUCUGAUUGCUCGAACAACUUGGCGUGCAUACGACAAAAGUGUCAAGAUCCUUGUCCAGGUGCCUGUGGGGCCAACGCGGAAUGUAGGGUUGUCAGCCACACACCUAUGUGCAUUUGUGCCGUCGCAUAUACUGGAGAUCCUUUCACACAAUGCGUGCCUUUCCAACAAGAUACGCCCAAAGAUCAAACGACCCCUUGCCUACCCAACCCAUGUGGAGCCAACGCUCAAUGUAGGGAACAAAACGGUGCCGGAUCAUGUACAUGUAUUGAGGACCACUUUGGAAAUCCCUACGAAGGAUGUCGUCCAGAAUGUGUGCUCAACUCGGACUGCCCAUCGAACAGGGCUUGUGUUAGGAAUAAAUGUCAAGAUCCUUGUCCAGGCACUUGUGGUCAGAACGCUGACUGCCAGGUCGUGAAUCACCUGCCCUCGUGUACCUGUUUCCCUGGAUACGAAGGAGAUCCAUUCAGAUAUUGUAACAUCCAACAGAGAGAACCGGUAAAAGAGUACGUCAAUCCUUGCCAACCGAGUCCCUGUGGUCCCAACAGCCAAUGUCGAGAGGUUAAUGGACAGGCGGUCUGCUCGUGUCUACCCACUUAUGUCGGCUCUCCUCCGGGAUGUCGCCCUGAGUGUGUGGUGAGCUCCGAAUGUGCCUUAGAUAAGGCAUGUGUCAACCAGAAAUGUGUUGAUCCGUGCCCUGGAACAUGCGGAACCAAUGCUAGGUGCAACGUCAAUAAUCACAGUCCCAUUUGCUCAUGUCAGUCGGGAUACACAGGCGAUCCGUUCACGAGAUGUUACCCCAUACCACCUCCGGUACAAGAUACACCAAUCGUUGUGAGGAACCCUUGCGUUCCGUCUCCGUGCGGUCCUAACUCGCAGUGUCGUGAUGUAAACGGCUCUCCUUCAUGUUCAUGCUUGAUCAACUACAUUGGAUCUCCGCCAAAUUGUCGCCCCGAGUGCUCAAUUAACGCGGAAUGUCCGAGCAAUCAGGCGUGCAUGAACGAGAAGUGUCGAGACCCUUGUCCGGGAUCGUGUGGCAUCAAUGCCAGAUGUAAUGUGAUCAACCAUACUCCCAUUUGUACGUGCGAGGAAGGAUACACUGGAGAUCCUUUCACAAGUUGUCGACCCAUGCCUCCGCCACCGCCUGAGCCCGUCAAUGAUGAUCCAUGCAAUCCUUCGCCCUGUGGCGCAAAUGCGCAAUGCCAGAACGGUAUUUGCACAUGUUUGCCAGAGUACCAAGGCGAUCCGUACCGAGGCUGCAGGCCAGAGUGCGUAUUGAACUCGGACUGCGCUCGAGAUAGGGCCUGUAUUCGCAGCAAGUGUGUAGAUCCUUGUCCGGGCACUUGCGGUCAAGAUGCAUUGUGCGAAGUGAUCAAUCACAUUCCUAUGUGCCGAUGUCCGGAUGGAAUGGCCGGAAACGCAUUUGUGCAGUGUCGGCCGCAACAAGCUCCGGCUGUGACCAAUCCAUGCAGUCCAUCGCCCUGCGGCCCUAAUAGCCAGUGUCGCGAAAUCAAUGGACAAGCCGUGUGCUCCUGUGUCCCAGGAUACAUUGGAAGCCCUCCAAUGUGUAGACCAGAAUGUACUGGAAGUUCAGAAUGUUUAUUGUCCCAAGCUUGCAUCAAUUUCAAGUGCGCAGAUCCUUGCCCUGGUAGCUGCGGAUUUUCGGCUCGAUGUACAACGGUUAACCACAACCCUAUUUGCACCUGUCCUCCAAAGAUGACCGGAGAUCCAUUUACCAGAUGUUAUGAGAUCGCCGAAAAAUCACCUCCUCUGAAUAUACCUGCCGAUCCAUGCCAUCCGUCACCUUGCGGUCCAAAUGCACUCUGUGUUAAUGCAAACGGUGUUCCGUCAUGUAGUUGUCAACCGGAAAUGUUGGGUUCACCACCAAAUUGCCGACCAGAAUGCACUAGCAAUUCGGACUGUUCCCGUGUUCGGGCAUGCGUAAGGGAAAAAUGUGUUGAUCCUUGCCUGAACGCGUGUGGCACAGAUGCCAAAUGUCACGUUUCAUUGCAUGUAGCGAACUGUUUCUGUCCCGACGGUUACGAAGGGGAUCCGUUCCGCAUUUGUACAUUAAAAAUGACCACACCGCCACCACAGGCUGAACCGAGAGACCCAUGCUAUCCAUCGCCAUGCGGUGUCAAUGCACGGUGCCGUCCAGCAAAUGGCGGAACGGCAGUAUGCGAAUGUAUUGAGAACUAUUUCGGAAAUCCAUACGAAACCUGCCGUCCCGAGUGCGUUGGCAAUGGUGACUGUCAAAAGUCGCUGGCGUGCAUUAACAACCGCUGCAAGGAUCCAUGUCCUGGGGUAUGUGGCAGAAAUGCGGAGUGUACGGUAGUUAAUCACACACCCGUAUGUUCAUGUCCAGAAGGCAUGAAGGGCAACGCUUUUGAACAAUGUCUACGCGCCGAAGUUCCUCCGCCACCAUCUGACCCUUGUUAUCCGUCGCCUUGCGGACAAAAUACUGUUUGUCGUGUGUCGAACGGCAAUGCGAUAUGUGAAUGUUUGCCUGAGUUUAGAGGAAGUCCUUUCGGACGGGGUUGCUACCCAGAAUGCGUGAUUAAUAGCGACUGUCCAAGAGAUAGAACGUGCGUCAACAAAAAGUGCGUCGAUCCGUGUCCCGGGGUGUGUGGGUACAGAGCUGAGUGUCACGCUAUCAACAACAGUCCGGUUUGCUCGUGUCCGCGAAACAUGAUCGGUGAUCCAUUUGUUGAGUGCAAGGUGGCACCUCCAAAAGAUCCGUGCAAUCCAUCGCCAUGUCGUACCAACGGAAUAUGUCGCGUGGUUGGUGAUCGUGCCGAAUGUCAGUAUCCGGAGUGCAUUAUCAACUCAGACUGCUCAACAAACCGUGCCUGUUACAACCAAAGAUGUCAGGAUCCUUGCAUCGGCGCUUGCGGUAUAAAUGCUUUGUGCAGUGUGAUCAAUCACUCGCCCGUGUGCUCCUGCCCGGCACGACAUGCAGGUUCACCAUUCGUUCAGUGCAUGGCACAACGUGACGAACCGCUACAGCCGCAGCCGGAAUGUACGAACGACAACCAGUGCACAAACGACAAGGCAUGCAUUAACGAGCAGUGUCAGAAUCCGUGCACGAUAGGCACAGGACUUUGCACACAGAAUGCCGAAUGCCGCGUACAGUUCCACCGUGCGAUCUGUGCCUGUCGCGAAGGUUACACGGGCAACGCACAGCUAGCGUGCUACGAGAUUGGAUGCCGCAGCGAUAGCGACUGCCCAGUGACAGAAGCAUGCGUUAACAAGAACUGUAUCGAUCCAUGUCGCCACACGCAGUGCGGUCGGAAUGCGUACUGCAAGUCUGACUACAACCACAAUGCACGUUGCCACUGUACGGACGGGUAUCGAGGAAAUCCAUUGGUCGGUUGUACGCGUCCAGAAUGCACCACCAAUGACGAGUGCCCGUACCAUCAAUCGUGUCAGAACGAGCAAUGCCGCGACCCGUGCAACUGUGCGCCAAAUGCUCAGUGCCGAGUGGACAAUCAUCAGGCCAACUGCCGAUGCCCACCAGGAUAUACAGGAGAUCCACUAUUUUCAUGCGAAAAAAUCCCUGUGCGAGAUCCGGCACAAUGUACCAUGGAUGCGGAUUGUUCAAGCAAGCUUGCCUGCUUCGGAGGUGUGUGCAAGAACCCGUGUGUAGAAACGAAACCUUGCGCAGAGCAUGCAGUAUGUACAGUGCAGGACACCUUACCACUUCGCACAAUGUACUGCGUGUGCGAGGAGGGAUACGCGGGUGAUGCUGAAAGACAAUGCUUGCCAGUGUCCAAAGACGAACCUGGAUGCUACAGCGAUGUUGAGUGUGCACCGACCGAAUCUUGUCGAGCGAGAACGUGUGUUGACGUGUGCAGCAACUACAACCCUUGCGCACCCACGGCAGAAUGUUUGGCGCAAAGCCAUAAGGCCAUCUGCUCCUGUCCCGUCGGUACGGUCGGUGAUCCAUUCCAGAACUGCUACAAGCCACCAGUGGUGUCGCCGGAAUGCGUUGUCGAUGCCGAUUGCUCAUCCAGCAUGGCCUGCGUCAACGAACGUUGUCAGGAUCCAUGCGCCGGAAGCAACCCCUGCGGAGGCAAUGCUGAAUGUCGCGCCAUCUACCAUCGGCCACACUGUACGUGUCCCAUCGGCUGGGGUGGAGAUCCAAAAACACAAUGCUAUAAGCCGGAAUGUAAAACCGAUACGGAAUGUCCAUUUGAUAAGGCCUGCUUCAAUGAAAAAUGUAUCAGCCCAUGUACGUACGGUGCGACACAGUGUGGACGGGGUGCAAAUUGUGUGGCGCAAAGCCACCGUGCCGUGUGCAUCUGUCCGCCAGGCACGCAAGGAAACCCGUUCGUAUCGUGCGUCACUGGUAUGUGUCAGUACAACGAAGAUUGCGCUGAGCACGAAGCUUGCGACCGGCUGAAUCGCGUGUGCCGUCCGGUAUGCGACGACGAAACGUGCGCUCGUACAGCGACCUGCGUGGCGAAGAAUCAUCAGGCGAGCUGUGAGUGUGCGCCCGGAAUGCGUGGCAAUCCGUACGUCGAGUGCUUGCGCGAUGAGCCGGAACCGGAAUGUCGCAUGGACAGUGAAUGUGCUUCGCAGCAGGCAUGCAUACGGAACCGGUGCGUCAAUCCCUGCACGGAGCUUACGCCCUGCACGAACCAGCAGGUGUGCAGUGUAAUCGACACACUGCCACUGCGCACAAUCAUCUGCGCCUGCCAGACGGACAUGCUGAUGGACCGUUCCGGAAGCUGCAAGCCGAUUGUGAUAGACGAGUGCCGCGUGGACAACGAUUGCGCUGACACCGAGCGAUGCCUGCGUGGUCAAUGCAUUACAGCGUGCAAAGCGGAUCCGUGCGGUAUAAACGCGCAAUGCACGUCCGCCAAUCACCGGGCGCAGUGCACAUGUUCGCCGGGAUACGUGGGAAACGCUCACAUCGAGUGUCUGCCAGAACCACGCGUUAUAACACCCAAGGAGUGUGUCGUUGACGAUGAUUGUUCCGAUGAUCGGUCGUGCUUCAACGACCGGUGCGUCAACCCGUGCGUUAACGAUGCUUGCGGUCGGGGUGCGCUGUGCCGCACGAACAAACAUAAGGCGGUGUGCAACUGUCCGGCAGGAUAUACGAUGGAUGGCAAUGGAAACUGUAUACCACCUGCUGGAGAUCUUCCACGGUGUCGAUCAAAUUCGGACUGUACGCGGAGCGAAACGUGCGUGAAUGAAAUCUGCGCCAAUCCAUGCAACUGUGGCCAGAACGCGGAUUGCUUUGUGAAGGACCACUACCCGGUGUGUAGCUGUCGGCCGGGUUAUUCCGGUAACGCCCAAACGGGUUGCUACAAGCUCGAGUGCCAGAGUGACAACGACUGCACGAACGACAAACAGUGCACGAACGGGGCGUGUGUCGAUCCCUGCCUGUAUCAGAAUCCUUGCGCACUGAACGCGGAAUGUUACGGCGAUAGACAUCGGGCCGCAUGUCGUUGUUUGCCAGGGCUGGAGGGCAAUCCCUUCGAGCGCUGCAGACGCGUGGAAUGCCACUACGAUGGUGAAUGUCCGCAAACGCUCGCAUGCCAGCGGGAGCAGUGUGUGGAUCCGUGUGCAAACUCGCCGUGCGCCCAGAACGCGCAAUGCUUCGUGAUUAACCAUCUGGCCCAGUGCAAGUGUCCCGAGCACAUGCCGGAAGGUAACCCAUAUUCGUUCUGCCGACCGCGUGCCGUGGAACGUGACGAGUGCCGCGUGGAUGGAGAUUGUCCGAGCCGUCUGGCUUGCAUCGCAAAUCGUUGCGUUAAUCCGUGCGAUGAACUGAAACCAUGUGCUGCGUCAGCACUGUGCACUGUGCAGGACUCCGUCCCAGUGCGCACGAUGGUUUGCAAGUGUCCGGCGAUGCAUGUGCCGGAUAGCGCUGGGGAAUGCAAGCGUGUCGUGCUGCAAACGCCGGUUGGCGUUUGCACGACAGAUUCCGAAUGUCCGGAACGGGAGGCCUGCAUCAACCGACUGUGCCGCGACCCAUGCAGUUGUGGCACGAACGCGAUCUGUUCGAUUAAGAACCACCGGGCGGUGUGUUCGUGUGAGGAUGGCUACGAGGGCAAUCCGAAUAUCGCGUGUCGUGCGAUUGGUUGCCGGGUCGAUUCGGAGUGCGAGACGAGCAAGGCAUGCGUUAACGGAAACUGCGUCAACCCGUGUCUCGACCAUGACCCGUGCGGUGUUGGGGCCGAAUGCUUCGGACGUGCGAAUCGGGCUGAAUGUCGCUGUCUGAGCGGUUACCGAGGCAAUCCGUUGGUGCAAUGCAACGUGGUUGAGUGUCGCAGCAACAACGACUGUCCCGACGACAAGCAGUGUCGUAACUCGCAAUGCGUCAAUCCGUGCAUCUACGAGAACUCAUGCUCGGCACGGGCGGAAUGUCGGGCGCAUAAUCAUCUGGUCGUCUGUCGUUGCCCGGUUGGGCUGGUGGGUAACCCUUACGUGGACUGCCGGCCGGAAAUCGUCCCGGAAUGUCAGUACGAUACAGACUGUCCGUCACAUUUGGCCUGCAUUGACAACAAGUGCACGGAGCCUUGCAACGCACUGACACCGUGUAAUCAACCGGCCCGUUGUGAGGUGGUACCCUCAGCGCCGGUCCGCACAAUGUUGUGCACCUGCCCAGAUGGGUACGUCAGCAGUGGUAGCGGUACUUGCAAACCAGUGGUGAAGGCAGGCUGCAUAUCCGACUCCGAUUGCUCUAGCGAUACAGCGUGCAUCAACAGUAUCUGUCGCGAUCCGUGCAACUGUGGACCAAACGCGGAGUGCCGCGUUAAGGACCACAAACCGGUCUGCUCCUGCGCACAGGGUUAUGACGGUGAUCCAGAGACGCAGUGUAUCAAGAUCGAGUGUCGCUCCGACAAUGACUGUUCUGGACAGCACACGUGCUACAACCGCCAGUGCGUGCCGGCAUGCUCGAUGGAGAGCUGUGGUACGCAGGCUGAAUGCAUAGGUGUUAACCAUCGUGCCGUAUGCGAGUGUGUGCCGGGUUACGAGGGCAAUCCCAAAGUGGCCUGCAAGCUGAUCGGCUGUCGGCGUGAUUCCGAGUGCCCCCUGGACAAGGCAUGCAUCAAUGGGAAAUGCGAGAAUCCGUGCGAACUGCAGGCAGUGUGUGCACAGAACGAGCAGUGUCAGGUGUACCAACACCGGCCCGAAUGUGCCUGUCCACCGCCGUUCGAGACCGAUCCAUUGCAAGGCUGUGUGCUGCGUGACGAUCGUUGCAUGACGGACGGCGAAUGUCCGUCGCAGACGGCCUGCAUACAGGGCGAAUGCGUGAACCCGUGCAACGUGACGGAACCGUGUGGUGUGAACUCCAUCUGCAAGGUACUGGACACGUUGCCAGUGCGCACCAUGAUAUGCGAAUGUCUCCCUGGAUAUCAAGGCAAUGCAGCGAUACAAUGCGACAAAAUGGCGUUAUGUCCAACGGAUCGUGGAUUCGUGCGUAACUCGAACGGGGAAUGUGUCUGCCCACCAGGUUACGGACUGUCACUGUACGACGAUUGCCAACCAUGCCGGGAAGAGGAUGGACUCAAGGUGGACGAAACGGGACGGUGCGUUUGUGCCCUUGAACGGGGUCUGAUCAUCGACGAGCGUGGGCGCUGUAUUUGUCCAAUCGAGUACGGCUAUCGGUUGACUAGCCGGGGUGAGUGUGUUCGCAGUGAGAAGCCGGAGUGCGAACGGGAUGAGCACUGUGCCGAUUGGCGAUACUGCAAUCUUGAUUCGAAGACAUGCGAUGAUCCAUGCCAGAGGAAAGUAUGUGGCACCAACGCACUGUGCAAUGCAACGAACCACCAAGCGGUGUGCCAGUGCAUUACGGGAUACACCGGAAAUCCAGAGGAACAUUGCAAUCAAACGACAAACUUCCGGACGGACUUCCCGCAGCCAGAAAUGGUAGUAACGUGUCAGGCUGAUGGUGUUCAGGUCGUUAUCGAUCUCGCUGAAUCGAACUUCAACGGGGUGCUAUACGUGAAAGGUCACAGCAAGGAUGAGGAAUGUCGCCGUGUUGUGAAUUUGGCCGGUGACACAUCGUCAGCUCGCACGCAAAUAUUCAAGGUACACUUCGGUAGCUGCGGUCUGAUACACGUGAAUGGCAUCGCCAGCUUUGUGCUGGUAAUACAGAAGCACCCGAAGCUGGUGACGUAUAAGGCUCAGGCGUACCACAUCAAAUGUGUGUACCAAACGGGCGAACAGAAUGUCACGCUUGGGUUCAACGUGCAGAUGCUGACGACGGCCGGAACGAUCGCAAACACCGGACCGCCGCCGACCUGUGCCAUGCGCAUAGUGGCGUUCAACGGUGAGGAAAUCAAUUCGGCCGAAAUCGGAGACAACUUGCGACUGCAGGUGGAAGUACAACCAGCAACAAUCUAUGGUGGGUUUGCUCGCAGCUGCGUUGCCAAAACCAUGGAGGAAAGUGUCGAGAACGAAUACAUCGUCACGGAUGAAGACGGUUGCGCUACCGAUCCGUCGAUAUUCGGCGACUGGGAGUACAACGCGGAAACAAACAGCCUGCUGGCGAGCUUUAACGCGUUCAAGUUCCCCUCGAGCGACAACAUCCGCUUCCAGUGCAACAUUCGGGUCUGCUUCGGCAAAUGCCAACCGGUCAAUUGCCAUGGAGCGAAUGCGUACGGUAAACGGCGUCGGCGUCGCGAGGCCCUUGGCAUCGAUAUGAUGCGCACGAUCGAAGUGGUGUACAACCGUACUCGGCGUGCUGCUGACGAGACCGCCCUAGCGACGGAUGAUUCUCUUGGCGUCGAAGGUACGCUGCGAGAGGAAAUUACGAUUCAAUCGAAUGCGAUAUUGACGCUAGAGAAGCGCGAGGAACGAUCGUUUGACUCAAACAAUAUCACACCGGCGGCACAGCGAGUGGAGGACAUUUGUGUGUCGAUGAUUGGACUUAUCCUGGCGUUGGUUAUUACGGCCCUGCUAGCCUUGGUGGCCGUUGCUGUUGCCGUGUCUUGCUGGCUAAUGGCCUAUCGCAGAAGACCAACCAUAACGGGACCAUUGCCACAUCCACCCGAAUUCCCCAACCCACUCUUUGCGCACCACGAACCAUCGGAACCGUCACAUCAUGAUUUCAUGGGAUAA